ACACCUCAGUCUAAAUCACAGCCCGACACCAAACCAUGUAGCCUAACCUUACCAAACUAUGGGGCGUUAAGAAUCCCCGGUGUUACCCGUAAAACAGGACAAAACGAAGGACAAAGCACCGCAGUGUUGGUGACUUUACUCUAUGGAGCUUGACCGGAGUUGCAGACCGAAAUAAGCAGGAAACGGAGGUGAGGAGCUCACUGUUUUCUUUCUGCAGCAUCUGACCGAAUGACCCAAGUCCAUCAUUUCUACUUCCAGUCAUCUGUUUCUGAACUUUUAUAAGCAGGGAAUGUCGACUAAUGGUAAACAGACUGAGUUACUUACGGAUACUAUUCUCCAUGGAAACGUUCAGAAGUUUUCCAUGGAGCCCGUGUAGAAUUCAGAAGUCUAAGUAGUUAAAUAAACUUUAUAAGAUAUGGAGCCCUUGCACUGGAGUAUUUAAAGUGUAAUGCAUGUCAGGUAACUAACGUUUAAAGCAACAUGUCUUCAUGAAUAACCAGCCAAAGGACUUCAUAGUGAGGAAGGGAAAAAGUUGUCUCCGUUUGGUAAGACGGAGUUACUAUUUAGGGCUUUGCUACAAAUAGUGCAUCAACUUUAAUAGCUCUGUUUUGCUCUUUGUAGAGUUGAGUAGCUGAAGACUUUUAGAGGAACUUUAAUGAUGUAACAUGAUAAUCUUCUCUUUGCUUGUGUAUGCAUGUAAGGUUGUUUGGUUGUCUAGCUUUUGCACUGUUGGACCACUGUUUCACUUGCACUUGGCUUGGUCUUGUCCCACAUUUCUUGAGUGCAGCUGGGUCAAGUAGGACUAUGCUGCUUAAUUGGCCUACAUACCUUCAGGAUUAAAUGAUGAGUUAAAACUUUGAGCAUAGCUAUAUAUAGCAUUAGAUUUUUAACAUGAAAAGUUCAAGCCUUUGUAUCAAACAAGAUGACUGACUAUAUUUUUUCAUGACUCGUUCCAACCAUAAGUAGAGUGCUCAUCACGUUUUCUUUCUCACUUCCAUGUUUAUACUCUCGUGCUCAUGGGAAGAUGUUUAGAGCUCCUUGGCUGGUAAACAGCUUUAUGAGGGACAUAUUUUACUCUGUGCCACAUCACAGAGAAUUGCAAAAGUGUUUUAAUGAGCCUCUAAGAUGAACAUUUUACAAGUGCAAACAAGAGGGCAAACACUUUUUUUGCAACAGUGCCAACAGCAGUGCUUGUAGUAAUGCUUCAGUGAAAAGUAAUGACAAACAGCAUGAAACUAAAAUUUUGCAUAAUUAUUUUACAGCAGGACAGGACUAUUUUCAAGACAAAAUAGUUGCUCUACCAUCUCCACUGUUUUUUACCCUUCAAACACUGAAGAUAUGUUGAAAGAUGUUCUGAAUUUUCUAUUAGUCAAUAUGGAAAUUUAAAGCUACUGUAAGGAACUUUCAGUUUGUAUCACUGUGGGCAAAGCAAUCUUUGUUUAUGUCCUGGUCAUGCUCAGAUAGUGUCAUGAAAAAAAAUCUCACCCUUCUGACAGUCAAAUGUGUCACUAAGGCCCCAACUACACGAAUGCAGAUAUAUUUCAAAGCACACAUCUUUAUGUCCGAUUAGGCCUCCCUACCACACCAAAAUGGGAGUUUAGAGCACUCAAACCGGAUAAAUCUGAAUCCGAAAAAACAAGUGGAGAAAUAAAAAAAUAUCCGUAUAAGUGGAUUUGUGUGGUUAAACUUUUACGGAUCAAUGACAUCAAACCGCAGCUCGCGCAUGCGAAUUAAAAAGAACAACAACAACAAUGGCGGGCAGACAGGGUAUUCUUUACGUUUGUUUUGCCCUUUUGGAGCUAAUUUCAGCCUUGCAAGUGAACCUUGUUUUAUACAAUUACAUCCACCAGUCAGCCAGCUCACAGAGGUGUCUGCUGCGCCCAAUACUUUUAUUGGAGAGCAAUCGUAACGUUAACGUUAGGCAUUUUAAAGUUCGCCAGAAGCGUAAGUUUUGGGCCAAACCCGGUCAGACGUCUAUUUCACAGAUGUUGAAAAAACUUCUCACAGGAGCUUUCAAUUUCAACUGCUGGCUAUCUUGCAGGUAAAUGAGCUUAUUUAAAGCUUCAACACAAGUAAUCACACAGCCUGCAGAUGAAAAAUGUCUAAUUGGUUGUGUGGCUAAAGUCAGCAAAACUAGCACCACCAGCCUGUGGUCUUCCUUGCAAGUUUAUGUUUGUAUUUUUAAUGGUUACAUACAUAGCUAACACACAACUAUAGCCCAAUUUUCUUGAUCAAAAUAUGAUACUGUGCAAACUGGACUUUUUCUCAAAGAACACAUUUUGUUACCUUUCCAGCUCUACUCUUCUGGAUGGUAAUCAACAGACCACUUACUCACUAUGAACUAUAAAGUUGAAGAAAAACAGUCUGAUGAGGUCAUGCUACUUUGUAAACUAUAAACUCUUGAUGCAGUCAUUCCAGCAGACACAACAUGACCCUUUUUGCAAAUGCCAUACUUCAACCCGAGCUCAUCAGGACACUUUACACUGACUAAUGUGACCAAACAACCCAUGGAAACAUGUGGUUUACUGUAUCAGCAGUCCUUGGUACUUCUUGUGUAAUACACUCAGACUGUCUUCCUGUAAUUAACUGGAAAGGCCAUGUCUCAUGCAUUUGUUACACGCACAUCAGUUAGCUGCUGAUGCUGUUUAAGGUUUUUAACAGAUGGUCAUAAUGACAAGGUACAGGUCCUGGAUGGACUCUGGGGGAUUUAAUCAUGUCCAGGAUUUAAUAAAAUACAAACUCGUGCAUGGCCAAGGCUGUUCUUAUUACUCAGAGUAUGUGUACUAAUUUCCAUACAGUCUUGUUCUUACUUAUUUCACAAGGUAUGAAAGUAUGCAGCAGCAACAUGUUCCAGCUCCUUCCCCUAACCUUUCGUAGCUGUUUGUGAUUCUUUUUCCAUCAAAAACAUGCAAGACCUGUCUGAGCCUGACAGAGCACAGCUUGAGCUCACUCCUCUGCAGCUACUUUAAAUGUUACUCUGAUUAUUUUCACGUUUGACCAGUUAGCUGGCCUUUUAGUCUGUGUAUACUAGUUGAUUUUCUUCUUUGGCGUCUGUUUGCCGGAUCAGCUUCUCUGCAAAAUUAAAGAUUUUUGGCACAAAAAUCCCCAGUUGGGCUGUUCACUGCUGUGGGGAAAUGAAUAAGCAGAAAGGUAUUCUGGUGAAAAAUAACUCGCAGCUUGCCAAUGCUUGAUUUGGAUAGUGAAAAUGGUCAUUUGUAUACUCAGUGAUCUCUAGAAGACAGUUGCUGCUGCUGUAAAUGCCACUGUUAAUACCAUAUUCUCUGCAGCUUCUUUAAGAUUUUAAGCAAAAGCUCAACUCUCAUCUAACUGUCUUUCUGGAAGUUCAAGGCAGCACUCAACAGGGUCUGGAAAAGUGAUGUCAUCUUGGUUGGCUGAGGAAACAGCCACUCAGGUUACCUGUGUGAUAACAAAGCAUGCCUGUGGGGGAAGUUAACACUGAACACUUUCAUAGGAGAAACAGUCAGUGCGUUUACAUGCACAGCUUAAUCGGACUAAGCUCAGUAUUUGUUUUUUUUGCCAAAUUGGACUUCUCUCUUUGUCCGCGUAUGCUUGCAGCAGAGAAAAUGGAAUUAUUGACAUGAACAUGCCCCCCUACCCAAAACUAGGGGGCGAUAUUGGUUGUUUUGCAACUGCCCAUAUACUUUAAAAUGUCAGUUUUUUCAGUAGGGAAAGCAUACUGGCGACCUCCUCGUUGUUCAAAAAGCGGACAUUCUUUCGUGCUUCAGCCAUGUUGCUGUUGCUUCUGAGUCUAAAGUUCUUUAAAAGAUAGGAGCCACUUCUUCUCUGGUAUUUUUGUUCCGGGGUUAUGGGGGUGUGGCAUGCAUUUCCAAUCAUACUCCGACUACGCUGGUUACAUGGUAGAGAAAAUGGAAUUACAAUCGCAUUACCUGGGUGUCUUAAUGGGAAUUCUCCUACUCCAUUCGGAGUUGUCAAACUCUAAUUAUAGUCGGACUAAGGUGUUUACAUGCACUUCAGUUGUCUGGUCUAAAUCGGAGUAAGGCAAUAACUCGGUUUUUUCAAGUGACAUGUACACGCACUGACUGAUGUCUACUGUAGGCUUCCAGAAGGGCAUGCAGCUCAUGAGUUCAGAUCAUGUUGAAAAUGAAAAUGGAGAUAAAACUGUGUGCAGGCUGUGUCUGGUACCUGACAGCUUCUCUGUGUGCGAGGCCCUCAGGUUUUGGCAGCAGAAACAUAACGAACUGCUAAAGAAGCUGUUGGUCCUUCAUCAAGGAGGACUGACAGCCUCUGCUCAGGAGAUAACAUUUUGAAAUUGAGGCUGUAAAGGGUUAAUUUUUUUGAAAUGCAGCUCACUUAAUGUAGAGAACUUUUCACAGUGGAGGGGAAAACUCACAAACUAAUACAUGGAUAGUGAUAUGAAACCUACGCAUUAACAAUGAACUUCAAUAUCUCUUGGAGGUUUUGCCUUGACAGAUCUAACCAUUAACCCCAACCACUUCCUGAAGCAGGUUUUAUCUGUCUGUGUGGUGCUUUGUCUCUUUGACGACAUGCAAGUUAACUCUCAUUAACAUGGGUGCCCUUUUGUGCAUAAAGGCAGCAAGUAAACACUGUAAAUACGAACAGCCUGACAGAUGUAAGACUGGUUUUCAAAAAUACUGAACUCAAGGCCUCACCAUUAAUGUUGCUGUUGUUACUUUGUCAAAAUACCACAACCUAAUUGCCACUGAGGCAAUUUAAGGAUUUGAAACCCCUGAAGACGGUUGACUUUUUGGCCUACAUCUAAAUGAGUUAAAUCUCUUUUCCUGUGUUUAUUUACACUUUGCUCAUCUUCCAUAUCUCCUCCAUGACUCAAAUACUCAUUAAGAUAUUUUCUGUUUAGGUUCCCACCCUCUUUGCUCUAUUUUCUUUCCAUCCUCUCUUGCUGUUGGAUCUGAACAAGCAGCAACAUCCUCCACCUUGAUCAGAUCUCUGUGUUGGGUUGAUCCAGCUCUCCUGGUACCAAUUUAAAGGGGAGUAGCCCAGAGGAAACAGUCCAGACUUUUCUCGGCUGACCCUUUUGUGUGGAAAGUUGUUGUGGGCUGUGCUGGUGCCUGACACAGUUUCUUACCAAGAUCCAGUCUAGAUGUACUCUUGUUGUGAGUGAGAUUUGAUUUGUUUGAUGGUUAUUUUGAGCUUUUUGCAUGCUGUCAUUAAAAGACUGUGAAAGCUGUGAUUAGAGGCCAGGCUGUGGGUCAGGUUGGUGUUUGACUAAAAGAAAGUCUGUAAUCCUUUGGCAGAAAAACGAAAGCAAACCUGGCCCUCUAUUCAUGAGCGAAAAAAAGGAGUGAACAUAUUCCUGCAUACUAUCAGUUUUUUUCUCUCUCUAUCCAGCUCAACAGGGGCCAGCUGGUUCAGCUGAGCCAAAAGAGAAUCACUGACCCCAAUUCUGCACACACAUGUGCAACAAAGCACACAUGUGCGCACAAACCACAGUGGACGAUUGGCCUUACGGACUGAGUGUGAACAGAUGUUUGUGAUCAUUUUAGAACAAAAAAUAAAAUUCAACUCUCUUUUAUCAUCAUUUUGCAUCAGUUGUUUUUUAAGGCCUGCCAGUACAGCUGUCUAAUUAUGGAAAAAAAAAAUUAUAAUUGUGAUUAUUUUAAUUAAUAUUGAGAUCAUAGCUGUUCAACUUAGCUACUCAUGGACAUCUUCAUUAUAUGCAUGAAUGGAACUUUGAAACUCUUGAAAACUUAAACACUCAGCUUUUUGGAAAAAAAAGAGAAAAUAAUAUAAAAUUUUCAUCUUUUUGUUCACCAACAUGUGCCUAUCUGUCUAAGAGGGUAAUAGAAAUUUGGAGAGAAAAAAAAAACAUGGAAGAGUUUUGAAACAGACCAUGUUUCAGUUCUUUACUUCAUUAAGAAUUUUGACUGAAUUUUUAUGAUGACACUUGAUCAAAUGGCAGACUUUCACUUGUUGUAGGGAAGUUAUAUACCUACUGAGUUUGUUCAUGCCUGUGAUUGCCACAGUUGAUGCCGUGCUAACACUGUCCCCUUGCUUUUCAGACACUCGCACGCACACCUGCCUCCUCCUGCUCUUCUCCAUGCUCUCCUCUUUCUCCCUGCAGCUGCUUAAUAGUUUGUACUGCUGGAGCACAUGUUAAAGACACAGUGGUCCAUAAUUAAAUCAGUGACUUCCUCUGACUCCCAAACUUUAUUGCAAACCAAUCCAAACCCAUGAUGAUGAAGUGAAAGUGAGAGCCGUCUGAGAGUAGGGGCAGAUAUCUCCCACUGGAGGUCUGCUCUCAUUGGGGUUUAGACUUGGGGUUUAGAAAAGUUAAUAUAGACAUAGAAUAAAAUACCCUCUACUUUCAUGCUCCCCCUCUGUCCCCCCGGCGCACAAGCACACACAAAUCCUAGCAUCAUCUGGUUUGUCUCAAAGUCAUUACAUGACCCACGUGUGGGAGUUGUUAUCUACUGCUGGGUUAAUGCAGCUGCCUGCAGACCCCCUCCUUGUACUCUGCAGCUAUGACAGCAGCAUGGAGCCCUGUUGGUCUGACACUCUCUACAACAAAAACAAGAAGCAGCAGCUCGUGUUGGUUUCUAAAUUUACUCAAAUACCAGCGAGGCUGUUUAAUGUGCUCAUCUGUUUUUAUAAAGUUGGACAUAGAGAGUGCUGGGGAGCAAGAACAACUGACUUCAUGCUGUCUCCAAGAUAAAAUGUUCCUCAGUAAGUUUAAAGAAUACUCUGAAUCUUUCUGAUACAUAAAUAUUGUGCGUGAUUAAAAAUAUGUCCAAACAUUUAGUUGAGUAAACAAAUAUUUUUAUUAAUGUAGGUCUAAAAAAGAUUGUUAAAGUUGUUGUUCUGCUUCUACCUCCUGCCAUAAAGAGCUGUAGUGGCUUUAUUGGGCGGAUGGGAAAGAAGAAAAAUUUGUGGAAGGUCAUAGGUGAUGACAAGAGCUGCAGGUUGGGGCCAAACCUGGGGCCACUUACUCUUGAGGGCCAUGGCUUCUAUAAUUGUUUUCUGAGUUUCUGAGGUCAGUUAAGAAUAAAACUACUACUACUCCUACUCCUACUACUAAAAAUAAUAAUAAUAAAUUUUAUUUAUUAGUGCCUUUCUUGAAGCUUUUCUGAUUUUCUUCAUAUUCUGAAUGCCCAAAAAGAGGACGUGCACGCAUAAAAUUUUGAGGGUUUUUCGGGUCGGGUCAAGUGUUUUUUACGUGCUUCUAAGUAACUCAGUUAAAUGCAUAUUCGGAAUUACCAAAGAGACACUUAACCAGGCCUCCUGGAGAUACAGAAAAAUACUCACACAAAGUUGUGUUUAUAAACAAUAUAUUCAUUUAUCUAAAACAUUUCAUUUCACCCCAACAAAAUUAUCAGUCACAUAAAUAUUUCUCACUUUUCUUUCGCUCACCAGCAGACAGUGCAUGCGUGCAUCUCGUCAGUGGCUUUGCUUAGAACUGCACUGUUUUAUAAUGAAUGAAUACACGUUCCAGGGUUUGACGUCUCAGAGUGUGUUUCCAAAUGAACCAUUGAACCUCUAUGGUAAAUACAGGGGGAAAAAAACUUGCUUCCAUACAAAACCCCAGACAUCUGAAGGAUUUUAUAAACUUCCCCUGGACAGCCCCCAAAAAGAAGACAUGUUUGGGUAAAAGAGGACAUAUGGUCACCCUAGCUCAAGUCCUCUUUUUUUGUGCAGCUCCAUUUUUAAAAGUUAUUAGGGGUUCAUGUUUUCUAUGAUUGACACUUGAUACAGUCUAUGGGCAUAUGAAGAUUGCGUAGCUCACCCGGGGGAUACGCUGUUUGAGCCAAACGUCAUCACAGCGACUCUCAGCAACUCUCCUGCCGAAUGUGUGAAACGCUACUGCGCAAGUGGUGGUUCCAGGAAGUGGAGAAAAUCCCCGAAAUACUGAGAGCUUUUCCAUUUCAAAUCCAUAUACUGGAUAUCAUAUCUACCUCCAAUUAAACUAAACAGGGCUAUCUAUUAUCACCAGCCAAAGCUAGCAUGACACUCACUGACAGGAAAUGAGGGUCCCACCAUGAGAGUAAUCGUUAAAAAGACAAAAUAAUGGUUUCCCACUGUGACAGUGUUUUAUCAUUAUUGUUUAAAAAACUAUACUAACAAACAAUAAAGCCUAUUUAUGUAUGUCAGGGAGACAGAAAUUAUGUGUUUGUUCUUAUAUAGUGUAGGAUUUAUGUUCACUGUUUCUGGAUCUUUAACUGUGCGUAAGUAUCUCUUUGUGUUCUUGUUUAUACCACUUUAAUGUAUUAACACAUGUAAACAUGUUGGCAUCUGUGUUUACAUUCUGUACAGAACCUCUCUGUGCUGCAGCGCCAGGGGGCCUAUCUGUGGUUUCACAAGGGGGAGCAACACACUCACAUGUGACUUUGUUUCCUUGCAGCUGGAGCUCUUACACAAACACACACACAUACACACAGUGACCCAUGUGCACUGAGUCAAAAAUUUGUAACACUAGUUUGAGGGUUUGAUUUGAGUGUUUUAGUCGGGUGGAUGGAUUCAGCACAUUCCCACAGUUAGUUUCACCAGAAAAAGCUGAAAAUAGGAGCUGUUAUGGUGGAAGGUCACGGUGAUACCUACAACACCCAGCAUGCUUUCUGGUUCAUCUGAGGCUCAGGAGGUUUCUGCAUGUGGAAGCAGUUUUUCUUGGCACUGUCACCAGGUUUAGAUCUUCAACAGAGUAAACAGUGAAGGAACAAAGAAUGAUCAAAAUCAGACUUCCAGCAAAUAUCCUCAGAAGUUCAUCUUUUAACUUUUCCCCAACUUUCUUCCUCUGUGCCAUUUUUUUUCUUCCACUUGUGUUUGUGUGGAAAUGAAACCAUUGUGCCAGACUAUCAGUUCUAAUUUAAGACUGUGAACUCUGUUUCCUUAAUUCUCUGUAUACCCAAAUGAUCUGGGUCAGUGGCCGUCGGUUUUGUUUUUCACUUUUCAUUGCCAUUAGCUAUGUGUGCUUUUUCAUGGCAGAAUUGAUGGGGCUCUAUAAACUCCAUAACAAAAAGUGCAGUCUUAACCUGAUCCAAAUGUUGCAAAACAUCCUUUGUAUUUAUUGGGAACUCUACUUUAACAAAAUAGACCUGACUCCAGCUGACUUUGUUGGUUUUUGUUGGCAGAUAGUGAUAUGUAGAAGUUUGGCAAAUCUUUAUUGAUGAAAACCACCUGCUGCUGGGUCAGGGUUCAUAAAAGCACCUCCAGAUAGCCAAAGCAUUUAUACUGUAGGUCCUAUGAAGCCAAAACAGAAUGUUAAUUUUGUUUGUGAAGUGCAUUUACAUGGACCUGAGCUUCAGGGUCAUGAACCUUAUUCAGGUUUGGAUCAUACUCAAGGUAUGGCAUCUACAUUCAGAGACCUGGUUAUCCAGAUCCCUUUAUACAUUAUGAAUACUUGUGUCAUGAUUUCUGAUCAGUGUAUCUUAUGCAUGGGCACCUGUGAAGUUGACUUUUUACAGCAGGUACGAUACGAUAUGAUACGAUACGAUACAACACCAUACGAUACGAUAUGAUACGAUAGGAUACAACAUCAUACGAUACGAUAUGAUACGAUACGAUAUGAUACGAUACGAUACAAAACAAUACAAUACACUUUAUUGUCCCCUUAAGAAACUUUGUCUUGGACUCCAAGAGCUGCACAGAUAAAGCUGCCAACUGGUGAGACAAAGUACUAGACCGAACACUGACACAGACACACAUCCCACACACAUUGCACAUACCCAUAUUGCACAAGAAUCCCAUGGAAACGGUCAAAAAAAACACAGAGAAGAGGCAACUCUGGCACUGUUCCAAAUAUGAUCCAGCAAAAGAGCUGGGAGAUGGAAUUGAGACCUUUGGCCUUCAUGCUAACAACUACUGUGUGCCUGCAAGUUAGUCAGCCAUGCCCAAGUAGUAAUAAAUUUUGUUGUUGAGGCAGUAAGUCAUGAUAAAAUAUUCCCUUUACUGGCCAAAAUGUAUAGAAAAAUUCGAUGAAUCCCUCGUUCAUUGUGAUACAUUUCAGCUUUCUUGUACAGUUCUGGUCCUGUUGCAGUCUUUUUUUAAAUUCAAUAAAGUCACUGAUACAUGAUUUCAAACUCUAAUUAUGAUGUUUUCUUGUAAAAUUAUAGCUUUGUUUCAGUUUUUACAAAAGGACUUCACUAACAUUGGUCCUGUUACAGAAGUAUUAGACAUGACCUGAUCAUGUUCUUUGUAUUGCACUUUGUUUCUUACUUGCAUGCUAAGAAACUGUUAGUUUCACAUUCAGCAGUCCGGGAGCGCAUUAUCCUGACCCAACCCUCCAGACUCUGUCAGAGUGUCUUUUUGUUUCUUUCUCCCCCUCAGUCGUAGGUGCAGGGGAAAGAUAGUUUCCUUCCUGUGUGAGAUAAAAGGGCUGGACAGACAAACAGAGCACCCUCCUGCUGUUUUUAGGGAACAUUGAACCUGACAGACAGAGGGAAAGAACAUAGUAAAAUCACCCCCAAAUAGAGACAGAGAUAACAAAAGACUCAAAAGGCAGAGAUUUGGAUGCAGCUCCCCAUGGGCUCUGCAGAGUUAGUGAAAAUGCCAGAUUGUUGAAUUCAGUUAUAUACUAUUUCACCUUUAUUUAUUCAGACUGAAGAACCACAGCUGUAAUACUUUGCUAUGAUGGAAGAGAAAGAAAGGCAGCUGUGUUGGAAUAAAAACUCUUCAAGCUUGAAAGUGAUGACUGUGUGAGGACACAGGAACUAAGUGAAAGUAAAAAGGCGAGUGAAAAUGUGAGAAAGAGAGGAGGGAAACUGCAGAGACAGGUAAUGAGAGGACAGCAGUUUAGGCCAGAAAUAAGCUGUGGAUUGGACUGAGAUGAAAAGGAUUGAGGCAAUUAUCUGAGAUGAAGGAGACAGGAUGGAUGAAGAGACAGGAGACAGGAAAGUGAAAGGAGAAGAGGAGUUGAAAGCAAGCAGAGAGAGGGAAAAAGAGACAGGCAGACAGACAGAGAGUCUCAGUGAAAGCAUUUCAGUCAACCAGCUCCUCUAUAACACCGACUGUGGCCAAAGCAGGAAUUUCCUUUGGUUACAACCCUGCUGAAGUGUGUUUUUGACCUACAGUGUUUCGGCCCCUGGGGACGCCGUGCCAGACGUAACGACACACCCAGACGUGAGAGUCACUCAGUCCUGUGGUCAGGGGGAAAACAUGGCUGACAGCACACCGCCAGGGACUCCCCCCUGUGGCCUCACAGACCGGAGCGGGAGCUUCUUUAAAGUAAGUACUGACAGAUGCGUGCAAACAGAUGACAUAAAAAUACAAAGAGGUUUUUUAGAGGUUGACUCAGUAUUUGAUGUUUUAAACUGGAAAAACUAAAACUGUUGUCAUGGUAACCAAAUCCAGCUCAAUAUAACUUGACUCCAUAUUGGGCCACGAUCCUGCUUUCUAAUGUAGUAUUCACACUCUGAGAAGAGUAAUGUACAUGGAGUAACAUUUAACAAACAACAGUUUACAAAUGUUCAUGUUAAUUGACAUUCAAGUGUUAGUAAAAACACCAGUUCAAAGUUUGUGCAAAAAAAAGUGUCAACUUACCAUUUUAUACCUCCAAAUCAAUGCCAGCUUCACAUGACCCACACCAAUACAACAAUCGCCCCUCUGAUACAGGGCGAAUGAGCCUCUGCACAUCUUCCACUUUCAGUGUGACGACCCUCAAUGUUUGAUCUGACAGCACACAUGUAGAUUGCAAGUAUAAGGAUAUUGAAAUCUGUAGCAUUGAUGAAAGGCUCUGUUAAACUAAGAGUUUGGAGAGAAAUGCUUCAUUGGCUACCUGCCAGCUCAUAAUGCUAACCCAGGUAGUUUGAAGGCCUUGAAUGUAACGGAAAUCAUUGCACACAAAGAGCAGCUGUGCCUAUUAGCUUGGAUGUCUUUCACCCGGACAUGUCCUCUUUUUUGGGGGUUGUCAGGCCUGUCCGGCUUUGUCUGGGUGAGUUUAUGAAAUCCUUUAAAUGUCCAGGGUAACAUAUGGAAGUUUAGAGUUUGUGUCACGGGGACUUACUGAGUUAGAAGCGCGUAAAAAAAACUCGACCCGACCUGAAAAACUCUCAAAAUUUACCACGCACGACUCCAUGACUCCGCCCCCAUGUAGUCGUGUCCCCUUUUUGGGGAUUCAGAAUACAGUGGCGGCUGCUGGUCUUUCAAGGAGGGGAAGCUCAUUUUUCUGGCCUACAUCAUAAUUGUAUUUGUUUAUUAGUAUGUAACAGAACAGAGUCGCCAAACACAAUGGCAGUCAUUUUUAACAAAGACAACAGUCGCUGAGGAUCGGUAAAGUCUCCGGAGCAGUUAAGAACAACGGAAUGAAUAACUUGGAAAAUGCUCUGGUAGAUGUUUUAUUCUUCAAGAUCGCUGAUUCGCUUGUUUAGCUGUCAAUCAAAAAAGGAUUUCGCCUCAGACAGCUCAUCCAAUCAUGGAUGCAGAAGCUUGGAGUCCGGGAGAAAGUCGGGACCGCCCUCUCGCCAUAGAACUCCAGUGAAGCUGGGCUUCCGAUGGGCGGGACAAAGCCCAGCAUUUAUCCAAUGAGCGUCUAGUUUCGCUGCUGGAACAACCCACUUUAAGCUUCCACAUUGAAGUCAGCAGAAGCCCAGCGUCCGGCUGUUUAAAGCGCUGAGGCGCUGCGAGGAUGAAUGAGAACGAAGUUAUGCCGGUUACCUGUGAUUAUCAGCUUCUUAUCACAGUGUCUGAACAAAAGAUGAAGGCUUUCUAGUGCGUAUUUAGUUAAUGAAAUGUACACACAGCAGUACGUAUUUCACCACUUUUUCUUUUUUUUGAGGGGUGACAUUUUAAGGGAAGCCGAGCUUCCCUUGCAGUCUUAGAGCAAUCGCCACUGUCAGAAUAUGGUCACCCUAUAUCAGGUCUUUUUUUUUCUUUCCUGCUAUUUGUCUUGAUUCAUGCAAAUUUCUGUUUUGAAUAUAGAAUCAAGCUGCAAAUAUGAACCCUGAAAGAAGCAAAUUCUUAAAGUUUGUGCUUGUAGCGAUACCUAAGAGCUACUUCAGGCAGCUGCACUGACAAAGUCUUUAAAUCUGGCUGAACUACAUACAGGUGGUGUUCAGGGAGAGUAAAACAGCAGUUGUUGCUCUGUUUUAUAAAACAUUGUUUCUUUUAACAGUGCAGCUUUCACCAUACUAUUUCUACAAUCACUAAAGUCUCUCUUGAGUGCAUAAAUCAUUGGAUUAUUCACCUUCUGGCUGCUUUACUUUUGACUUAAAAUCCUAAAUAUUGGAUAAGCACCCCUCCUCAGGAAAUGUAAUACAGAUUAUUGGCUGAAGAAACAUCAAAGUAGAGUUGUCCCUCUACAUUUUUCCGUCUCUCUUUGCCACAUAUUGAUGGAGUGCUGGAAGUGAAGGAUGCCAGCUGCACUGUUUGGCAGCAUUACAGACACACUCAGCUGAGUAAUAAAACUAUAAAACUUUCUCCCUCCCUCUCUCUCUCUCUCUCUCUCUCUCUCUCUCUCUCUCUCUCUCUCACUUGUUCAGUAUGUCUUGGUCCUCUCUCCCUCCACCUUUAAUCCCUCACUCAUCCAUGGUUCUGAAGUUACACUCACCAGACCUUCUUUCAUGCAGUCUCAGAUGUUUUACUGAAACACUCUGUCAGUUUUUUUAUGGAAAGUGUUUCUUAGUGAAAAUAAUCAGCUAAAUCUGUUUUCCUUCUGCUGCUGCUGACCAGCUAUUAUCAUUUUAUUUUGCGACUCAAAUAAUGCUUACAUACUGGGGAUGCUUAGUAUUGGCUAUGGUGUUAAAAUGGUAACGGGUUAGUGUCAGCUGUCCAAUCAGGGAUGGGAAUCCCAAAACCUCUCCCUGAUCUGAACCAGUUUCAAGUAGCCAUUGACAGCAUUUGCCUUUAUCCCUUAAGGUUCCCUUAUCCAGUUCUUCCACUUGGCUCUGCAUACCUUGCAAAACAAUGAUAUGGGGCAUCAUGAAAUAACAACCAAGGAACAGGAGCGGUCCAAAACGUUGUUGCAUACAACAGUUAUUGCUGUGCUUACAGUAUCAGUUCUGAGACCAAAGCAGUCUGACAUGGCCACUUACUCACUUUGUGAGACUGCUAACUUUCCUGCGAUUCAUUUUUUCUGUUUUUGCAACAUAAUGGGGCUUCUUUAUCAGAGUAUUUUGAAAAAUUGUCCAAAUCCAGUCCCCCCAACCUCCAAAAAAAUAUAUAAAGGUAACCUGUGAUGACCUAAGUGUUCAUUUUAAUGUUGAAUGUUAACUUUCUGUUGUUAGCUGACCGUGUUUGUAGAAGGCUGCCAUCUUUGUUAUGGUCUGCAGACCAAUCCGAGGCUGUAUGUAUGAUUAGUUAGUAGUUCAUUAUUCAAAUCAAAUCAAAUCAAACUUAAUUUAUGAAGUGCUUUUCAUACAAAGUGAUAUAACACAGAGGGCUCUAUUUUGGUGCUUCGCCGAAGACGUGCCGCAAGCGCAGCGUCAAUCAGAUCCGCUGCGCUGACAAGGCGUUCCCAAGCACAUUUUGGUAUUUUGGUGAGCCGCGCAGCCCGGCGUAAGUAUCCCCCCUCCCUAACUCAGCUCCUCCCGGCAGCAUAAGUCAUAGAGAGGGCGUGGAGUCGGUUUAACACAGCCGAGACCUGUUUUCACCAAUCACAUAAGCUCCUCUCCUUGCCUUUAAAUCCAAAAGAGAUCAAGAGAUGUCUGAAGACAGUUAUGCCACACGAUGGCGACAGAGGGCAGCUGCUCAACAAGUGUCCUCCACACUCUCUCAUCUGAGCACAGAUGGAUUUGGUGUGCGUAAUGUUGGACCCACUGGUAAGACAAACACCCUUUUCCACAAAAAAGACACUCACAUAAAGUUGCAUAUAUUCAAACCUCACGUGACAAAGGUGGGUUUAGCGCACAGAUCACAACAUAAACUCCAAAAAUGGCAUUAAAAUCGGAACCAUCUGUGCGUAAAUGACGCAUCGCGCUCCGUGGCCUGGCUCUUUCUUUCAUAGAUGUUGGCAUAUAAAAUAAAUUUGGCCCACAAAACUGAAUAUUAUAAUAUCUGUAUGUCGGCUUAAAGUAGAUCACGCAUCUGAGCACUGAAACAAAUCAUCUGUUCAGCCGCAGCAGCUGCAGCAAGACGGACAGAGGACACGGAGACGUGUCCAGGUCGAGCUGUGCGAGAAAUAAGAGGAAGAAAGAAAAGGAGGGAGACACAUUACAUAUCUUGUUAACUUCAUCAUGUGUGUUUAUUUACUAGAUAUUUAAUUUAAUUUGAUGCAGUUUCAGCUGUAUUGAUUCGGUCAGGUUGUGUGCCCAAACGCGUGCCAAACGCGCUCAUCAGAUCAGAUAUAGAUCAGAAUAUAUCUAUAUAGAUCUAAAUGUAUGUGCUGACUCAGAUUAAUAGUUGUUGAUGAUUAUUUAUUGCACUGAAAUCUGCCUGACACUGUGGAAACCUGCCGGUGAGGCAUCGGUGACGUAUGUCGAUACGCCGCCGGUCUACCAAAAUACUACUAGACCAGCUGCGUUCCGCCUUGCGCUGAAAGCUGACCAGGUUUGAAUCGGCGAGCUUUCAGCGCACGUUACACGCCGGUGGCGAGCACGAAAAUGUCACUGCGCCAGCUGAUUCUGUCAACACCUCCCCCUGCCACGCCACCACGCCCAGCUUGGCGGAUCUCGGCUCGCCUCCGUGCGACUCAGUCCACGAAAAUACCAAACUCGCCUUACACCGGGCUCCGCCAGACGAAAAUACAACUGCGCGGGGCUCGCCGCCCUCCGCCGCCUCACCGGCGCGAACGAAAAUAGAGCCCAGAGUGUUACAGUCCAUUAAACAACCCCCCCACACACACACACACACACACAGAGAAUUACCUUACCCCAAACAACAAUAUAACCCACAGUCAACAGUUCACUUAAACAGUCUCACCCAAAGCCACACACACACACACACACACACACACACACACACACACACACACACACACACACACACACACACACACACAACAAACUCAGUCUAAAGUCUAAAGUCAGUCAAGUCUUAUGGGUCCAGUUUAAAACAUGAACAAAUCAUGUCUGCAGCCUCCACAGGAAGCCUCAUCAGUUAAGCUGCUGUUAUGUGAUGCCAAUAUCCCUUUAAAUAAUAACAUGUAAAAUGAUGGCAGAUCAAAUCUAACAGUUACCGACACAUGCUUGACAUAUAUUCUGUUAAGAUUUAUAGAAUAAUAAAAACUGGAAUGAUUUUUAAUUCAGUAUGUCAUGUUUUGUUAUCCAUAGCAUGGCACAAUAUCUUUUCUUCAAUUUUGUAGGUUGAUAUAAAAAGCCAUCCCUUUAAAAAUGAUAUCUGAUCCUAAUUCUGGAGACAUUUUUCAAGUAAUCAUUCCACAAAUAACUGCAUUUUUUGUUUGACUACCUAUGGCAAGAUGAUUUUCGUGAGAGGACUCAUUGCAACUCUUAUGAAGUUGUUAGAAAGUGUUAACUUACACUGCAGGCUGUGUCAGAAUGGAGGUUCACAUUUUGUCUGGCUGUAAACCUUCUCAUGUAAUUGCAUUCAGACAAAGAGUUUAAACCCUUUUAGAGCAGAAUAAGACAAAUUAAGACCAGGACUAAAAAUGAACUGAGAAGCUUACACAGACGGUUGUCUCACUUUUAAGUUCCCUGGCAGUUUUUCCAUCCUUUCUCACCCUGUGAAAACGCUUUCUGUGUGCUUCUGUGUGUAGAAAAAAAACCAAACACAUAGUUUCCCAUUGACUGCAUGCAUGGCUCAAACAGCAGUCCAUGCAGAAAAUCACUUACCUCACACACACACACACACACACACACACACACACACACACACACACACACACACACACACACACACACACACACACACACACACAGUAUGAAAAAUAGUCUGCUUCUGUGUGUUGAGUUUUGCCUCCAUGUGUCAUUCAGAGGAGAUGAGAUCAAUAAACUGGGAAAACAGAACAGACGAACAAAAUGGAGGAAGUUGACAACUGUGUAUGAUGAGGCAGAAUUUUUAAGCUGCCAAUCCUUUCCAGUUUGUAAUGAGGACUGAACACACUUCACCAUACUAGCUGCAUGCGGCACUCUGCCAAUAGACUGUCAUUCAGGAUCUGUCAUGGCCACUGACCCUCAUUUCAUUGCUCUGGAAUUUCCCAUGUCUUCUUCUCUGGCUCCUCUCCCCAAUUAAAUUCACAAAACGUAAUACCUGUCUAUCUAUUGACUGCAAUGAGCGGCUACUAUUUCUUCCUGUUUCUCGAUUCAUAAAGUUUCAUGGGGCGAAAUUAUGGUCCUCUCUUUCCUGCCUUCAGGCCUUAAAAUGAGAGGCAGUCAAGUGCUGCCUGAAACCGUUUUCUCUCAUAGCUGACAGAUGCAGACCUCAAAUGAGAUUUUUGGUUUUUUUUAAAAAAAGGGCUGCUUGUGUUGUCGAUGAUCUUGUAUGCUUUUGUAGGUCAGAAAGACCACAGUGUUUUAAUCUACUUAUUAAACAGUCUUGAUCUCUAAAAAGGAACUUUAAGUUAAAAUAAGAUAUGAAGAACAACCUGUAUUCAAAUAAAUUGGGAAGCUGUUUAAUGUUACUUAAAGGUCCUUAUACACCAGGGCAGACAUGAAUUUAGAACGCGAAAUUACGAAAUAUUCGGAGGCGCCUGACCAUACACAUCAAGCCCGAUGCGAUUUUGCGACUUUCAGGGGGGAAAAAGAUGCGUCCCGGGUGGAAGCGUGAAGACUGACACAACAGCAGACUGACUGUUUUUCAGUUCUGAUUAGACACUAGUGUUGAGAUGUCUGUCUGUCAUGAUAGCAUGUACUGAGUCGGGGCCAGUACCAGAUAAGCACAUUAAACUAUAAUCCAUAAACGUAAGGUAACAACCGAGACCUCAUGGUGCUGUAACAGCAACGCGAUUGAGUUUGAGACAGUGAAAAUACAUAUGGUAUGUUGUAUCUGAACAGGUUAGCUUACGAGCUAAAGUUACUUAGCAUAGAUGAAAGUUAAAACAAAGAUGUUUAGCAAACUGUUAAAGCACACAAACCAUCGUCAUAUGAGUUAUCUGACGCUAUGACUCUCCACAAGUUGUCCUUCAGGUUAUCUUUGUAAUAUUUGUGUUUUUUAUCAAAAAGCACUCUGUUCUCUGACACGUAAACAAUCAGUCGGUCGGCCAUGUUGGAUAUACCGGUGAAUCAGACGUCGCAACAACACGCAAUCUGAUUGGUCAGAAGUGGACACACAGUAUGUGAAACUUUAGAAAAAUCGACCGUGAUCCGAAAAAAUAAAUGCCGCAAUAUUGCAGGACGGGAAAACGUCGCUGAUGUGAGCGCUUGUAUUGACGGGAUACGAGUUCGAAAAAAAUAUUGACGUCCAAAAUAAUUGCUUGAAAAAAACGGUCCCUGUGUGAAAGGACAUUAAAACAAAAUUUGAUCAAAUUUGAUAAUUUGCAAAUCAUUUAAGGCCAUAUAGGACCACUUUUUCACUGUGCUCCCUGUUCUAACCUUUUUUCAAAAAUGUUUCUGGCAUCAAACUUAAAAUAUUAUCAAACUAUAAAAUUACUCAGUUUGCAAAUUUGAUAUGUUGUUUUCGAACUUUCAUCAAAUUCCUGUCUUUGUUUAUAUUUUACAAGGGUCCUGACUUUUUAGGGCUGUUAGGGACUGCCAUUCCAUUGCUGCUACAGUACAUGCUGGUGCAUUGGUUAGUGCAAGGUGUAAAUCUGUAGUUCCUUAAAGUCCACUUGGGGCUGCACUAAGAAUUAAAGUUACCCUGUCGGAGCAAUGAUUGAAAAAUCUGCAGGGUAACAGAUGUUUACAGCCUGGUUCAGUCUUCAGUCUUGAUGUGUUUUGCUCACUUCCUUAUUCUUUAUAAAAGUUAGAUUACUCAUCCUGUUUGAUUGUAUUAAAGUUAAGAGUUACGCAGGCUUAGGUAUAAUUAGAGGCAUGGGUGGGCGUAUUUUAGUUGUUGGCCAAGCUGCUGGGCCAUAACCUCAGCUCCAUCUCUUAGCCUUUCUUAGAUUAGGUGGAAUUAGUUAGUCAGUAUUUCCGAUACGACCACUGUCUUUGAACUUCAUAACACCUCUUCAGAAACCAGUGAGUGAUGACUCUGAGACCAAAGCCGUGUUUAAUAAAGACAUCAAUCUUGAGCACUAAAUGUCUUGGAGAAAAAAUGUAAACCCAAGCUCUUUAUCGAAUUAAAUCUCUGUCUGCCAGUAGGCUCUUUUUCUGCUACUUCCUCUUUUGGAGAUGCAACAGGCUAAUUCUAGUGUUAAAUGAAGGCUUUGGCUGUGUGUUGUGUCUGGUUUUACAGUUAAUGCUACUCUGACAGAAUAAAUGACACUUUGCUGAGUGAGAGCUGCUCUCUCUCCAGCACUCUUUAGCUGUCCAGACUCUAAUAACUAUCCCUGUCUUCACCAGGGUUCAAAUUGAGUAUCUCCAGCCUGUGUUUAAACUCCACAGUUUACAUUACUCCAGAAACACUGCCGCUAACUCUUGGACUUGUGUUGUAUAAUAAAGUUUUGACCUGACACAAAGCCGGGGGGAGUAGGAGGCUUUCACAGAGCUGGCUCCACUUCGUCCUGUGAGGGGGGAAUUAGAGAGGCCUGUGGUGGCUGCGGUCUGGCCUGGAGCCCAGCUGCUGGAGGAAAGUUUGGGAAAGAGUACCUCCUACUGGGUGAAAUGUACAAUGGAUACAGAAAAUGCCACAGAGAGCAUUCUGUGAAACUCUUUACUUGCCAUGGGUGGAGUAAAAAAAAAAUCAAAACAACUUUUAUAAUCUUACACAUAUUAUAUGUUUGGUAGAAAUAUGCACAAUUUCUUAGAAAUGUAUCAACUGUUUUAAUUGAAUUUGACCAGAUGCUUCUCAAAAACUCAUAAGGCCCAAAGGAAACCACUUUUUUUUGCACCAUUUGACCCAGUUUGUCAGAAUAAGGCAUCCAGAUUUCAACAUCUGCUCCAACAUGUGUGAGGAGGCUGUGAGUUUCUGGAGGGAUAUAAAAUAUGUAAAGAAGGAAGAUGUGAAAACAAACAAACAAAAAAAAAAAAGAGCUUUUCAAUGGUGCCUCUAUGCAGCUGAGCAUAUAUGUCUUUUAAAGGGGUAUUCCAGUGUGAAAUUAAUUUAGGGUCAAACACACAGCGGUCUAUGGAACCACACACAAACCUCAACCAAAACGCCACUCUAUAGCCACAACUAAUACUCAGAACAGCACCUAACUUCAUCAACAGUACAUAUAGGGUCCCAGCCAUAGUACUAGCCACCAAACAUCUUUUUAGCUUUGCCAAAUUUCUUUAGCAAAGAGACUAAACUCAACUACUCUCUUCCAGCAGCUGCUUGUAUGUAGUGAGACCUCGGCCCAGUCCAUUAUGAACUGUAGCGGGGUGACGCAGCCCAAGGAAGAACAUGUAUGAUCAUUUAUUCAUGGAAAUGCAAUCAGACUGAGACACUAUGGCAGAAGAACUAUCACAUCUGCAGAGCAAAAUGAUUAAUAUGAUGAUUAUUAUUUCAAUUUAAUGAUAAGGAAAUUAUCAUAUAUGUUCUUCCUUGAGCUGUGUCACCCCGCUGCAGUCCUUUAUGGACUGGUCUGAGGUCUCCCUACAAACAAAUGGCUGCUGAAAGAGAGGAGGUGAGUUGUGUUUAGUCUCUUUGCUAAGGAAAUUAGGCAAAGUUAAAAAGAUGUUUGGUGGCUGAUACUAUGGCUGGGACCCUAUAUGUACUGUUGAUGAAGUUAGGUGCUGUUUUGAGCAUUAUUUGUGGCUAUAGAGUGGUUUUUUGGUCGAGCGUGUUGAGCCAUAGACCGCUGUGUAUUGCUAUUGUGUGGUCGUUACUAAAGUUGGUAUAACUAGAGAAGCGAGCAGUCGGCAACAUUUAUCUCUCGAGGGGGUGUCUAACUCUGUGUUACGGUGUGUUUGACCCUUAAUUAAUUUUACGCUGGAAUAUCCCUUUAAGGGGAGAGGAUUUUAACAUAUUUUAGAAACAUAUUCACCUAGUAGGCCUAUCCUGUUUUGUUUUGUUUUGUUUUAAACUUUGAGAGUAGUUUAUUUUUAGUCCUUUAUAACGGCAUUAAAGAUGGUUGAACUGUGGAUUAUUGUGCUCCAGCCAAAGCUGCUGAAUGAAAAAGCAGCUGCAUGUGUUUUUCUAAAAAAAAAGAAAAAAAAGAAAAAAUUGAUGUUUUUAUUAUUUUUUUUUAUUUUUACUUGGCUUGUUUGUUCAGCUUAUAAUCAAUAUGUAAGUUUCAGUUUCAUUUAUUGGCAGGUUGAAAGGAUUGGUCCCACUUGACAUUUUACCCAUUCAGUAAUUGUUUAAUAAUGUUCAAUAAUCCAUCCUGGCUGUAUGGCUCAUGUAGUGGUUUCAGUAUAUUUAUGGCGUUCUCUAACAUUUUUGUGAAACAUGUUUAAUCUGACUGAUGCAUUUAUAUCAGUUCUGUGAGCACUUCGAUUUAAGACAUUCUCCUGUAGGGGGCGAUAUAUGUAUCCUGGAACAUUAGGAUAUUGUACCAUUCAUACUGCAUACUGUAGUGUCAGAUUGUUGUGUUAUAUUAAAUUUCAAUGUAUCACAUCAUAUGGUAUCGUGAUGCAUUGUAUUGCAUUGUAAUGUAUGAUACUGAAUCAUUGGAUUAUGCUGUAUGUUUGACAAUAUAUUGUCUCAUAUCGUAUUGUAUCGUAUCAUAUCCUAUUGUAUCGAUUAGGACUGUAUUGGGUAUUAUGUUCAAUUGAAUUGUAUGAUAUUGUAACACAAAUAAGAUGUAUGGGUUAUUAUUACUGACACUCUGGUGGAGUCAUCAUCGUCAGUUAUGUCCUUUGUCAGUGAUUGCGUAAUGAAAUCAAGCGCAGUAAUCGUCCCAUGAUUCAUCAAGUCCUUAAAGUCAUCUGGAGGGGAAUUUAAACAGGAAGGAUAAAACUGAUGAUUUAACAUUCAGUGCCUAUUUAUUUAAACUUCUCUUUUACUUGUAAAUCAAGGGUGCUGUUGUGUAAUUUAGAAAAAAGAAACAAAUGUGACAGCAGUUGAGCAGCAGAAGCAACAAUGUUUGGAGUACAGUUUAUUUUUGUUCUCAAGGAUUAUUAUUAUUAUUGUUAUUAUUAUUAUUAUUAUUAUUAUUAUUAUUAGUAGUAGUAGUAGUAGUAGUAGUAGUAGUACAUUUAAAGACCAAACUAUUCCUGUCUUUCACUUUCCAAUGUCAUGUGAUUUCUGAUAUUUACACCUUCUCUUAUUUCUACAAGAAACAAUGAGGGUUAAACACUUGGGCAUCCAAUCCUUCACUUUUAUCAUUCAAGGUACAUUUUAACUUUUCACUGUCAACCAAAAAGUAUAGUUUUUCCAGGCUUUAUCCCAGGAAAUAGUCCUGAUCACACUGAGGAAGCAAUCUGUUCGGCCCUCAUUUCAGAUAAACCCAAUAAAUGAAGUGCUAAAACUAUAAUUUGCUUAAAGGCCGUGGGCAGAAAGCUAUCAGUGUCUGUGGGGUUGGGAACUUUUAUGGCGCAUUCUCAAUGUCAAUUUGGGCAAAAUGCUUUGUCUUCAUGUUUCCUGCCUGUGGGAAAUGAGGUCCUCACAGGAAAAAUGACUAACAGUUCCCCUGCUCUUUGUUUCAGACCUGUGGUCACAGCUUCUUGCUUCCUAAUUUAUGUUCAAGGCGUGCCAUAAGUUUCGUUUACGCCUGUUUCCCCUCCUCUCCUCCUUAGUGUGUUUUCUCAUCAAUCAAAACCUCUCUCUCCCACUUUUAUUGCAGCUGAUUGACACGUUUGCGUUGGAGAUUGGAGAGCUAAAGAAAGAGAUGGUCCAGGUCUCUCCAACAGCUGAUAAGGAAAUAACAGACUUACAGGGGUAAGACUAAUUUCUUUUUAAAGACUAUCAAAAAUAAAAAUCUACCUAUAAAGAUUUCUUUGUUAUUCUUGAAGUGACCUAAAAGUUAGAAAAAAAAAUGAAGCAGGUGAUUUAUUUAAAAAGGAGGGAAAGAAGCAGGAUUAUUCUGCUCUGUUUCUCAUUUUUUUUAAUUUCUGUCAGGAGUAUUUGUGCAUGUCAUACUCCUUUCUUCCAGCAGAUGGUGUUAGUGAUUUUUUUUUUUCUGUUUGUGUCUCUUUCAGGAUGGAGAGUGAACUUGGUGGGAUCUACCUGCAGUCGCCUCCAUGUGGCGGUGUUGGGGGUGAGAGGGAUUCUGGGUACGACUCCUUGCGGAGGAGGAUGAGUGUGUUGGACAGGCUGACUCAGACCCAUCCGGUGUGGCUGCUGCUGGCACUUAAUGAAGAGGAGGCUGGUCGUAUCCUGCACAAACAACCACCAGGGGUGAGGAAGAGGUUACCAUUUGGGGAUUCUGCUGUCUGUUGCUUAGUAUGAAUCACAGCAUAAGCAAUAAUGUCACUAUUUAUUUUCUUUCUUUCCAUGUUGCAGGUGUUCCUGGUCAGGAAGUCAGCUGCUCUGCAGAGGAAAGUUCUGUCAGUGCGUCUGAAGGAGGAUCAGUCAGGAACUCCCAUCAGCCACUUCCCUGUCAGAGAGAGCCAGUACAGUAAGUAACGUGUUCACCAAAGCCAUAGAAAACUCCAGAUAAAAAAGCAGUGUGAAGCUGCCCAAUUUACUGUUGGACAUUAAUGUGACACGGUGACUUAAACACUGAAACGCUAAAAUCUCAGAUACAUAUGAGUCACUAAACCAAAAGAACUGUGUAGAGUAAAUACACACUGCAGAAAAAUGAAUAGAAAAUAGAGUCAUUAAUAAACAUAUUUUACAUAACGAACAUAAAAUAAAGCCCCCCUCCAAAAAAAAAACAAAAAAACAAUAAUAAUUAUGACGAAGUAUUGACAAAACAUUCCUCAACCAUACAUACAUUAAUGUAAUUUCUAGUUCUUUAGAUAUAUUUUUGUAAAAAUUGUUUGUAAGUGUCUAGAAUUUAAUUUAAAAUAGAAAUAUGAUGUAAAUAAACCACUGCAAGACUGAAACUAUUACAUUUUAUAUCAGACGUGGUGAUAGAUAACUUAAAAAACGAACAAAUAACUUUUACGGUGUCUGUUAAGGUUUCCUUUCAAAAAGCAAACAGCAAAAUCUGCCCCAAAAGAAUAUUUCAAAAACUCAAAUUAAGCCUUACAAUUUUGAAUACGACUUCUAAGGGUCAGCUUUUCACCUUACAUGUCUGAUGUAUUGAGUUAUCAGCAUGAAGAUGUUGUCAUUUAGAUCUCAUGAAAUACGUCAUCAAUCCAAGAACAAUGUCUUUAAAUGGAAUUUUGAGUAAACUCUGAAGUUGAACCUAAACUUAUCUUAUUUUCGGUUCCGUUUGCUCUCCUGAUCAGGGAACCUUCUGGUCACAGAGUUAAAGACGUCACUUCCCCUCGGCGUCUGCAUGAUGUGUUCAAAGAUAAACCCUGACACAAAUGAGAAGUGAGAAUCUCUGGCUGGAAGGACUGCAGUUUGGUCAAAGUCUGUUUGCUCUCGGUGUGACUAUCAAACUGCUUCCGUAGAGUGAUAAAAGUUCUUUAUGUGAUGUUGAUGCAGUGACUCAUUAUGCCUUUCAUACAGGUCAUAAAGUAGGAAAGAGCUGCUGAAAAAAAUCAUUUGUCUUGAAUAUUUCUUUGACCAACAUGAACUGUAAGACAUUUGGCAAGGUUCCCAUAUUUGUUUGCACAGCCUCAACCACGACGCUGAUGAAACUGUGUACUGUAUCUGUGCGUGGGUGACUAUGAUUUAGAAACCUUUUAUUCAUACUGACAGGAAAAGACAGUUUAAAAUCUAUAUUUAAAUGUUUACUGAUGAUCUUAGAACAAUAGUUUCUACUUUGUACUGCAGUGGUUUGGUGUGGGGAAUUAGUCAUGGAGCUGUGACAGUGCCAAAAUGGGUUGACAUACCAUCUGUGGAUUUUCCCUGCUGGAAUGACAGCACACAUGGAGGGAGGGGAGCACAUUUGUCCCGGUUUGUCUUCAGAUGUGGGUCAGCUGCUCUCAGCUUGGACUCUUACUCUGCCCGUGGCGCCUUAAGUCACCCUUGUGCACGAGUGGUUUGAGCUCAACAACAACAUCCCUCACACUUUCCAAAAGGCAGUUCCAGUUCCUUUCUUUUACCACAGCCCAUAUUUCCAUAUUAGGACUCUCUGUGACAAGUAGGUAUUAAAAGGUUUGAAAAUACCUCAGUUUAUACUCUAGCGUGCAACCACGAUAAAACCGGAAUGGUAGUUAUAUAAUCUAUAAUUGCAAUUGCACCCAACCAGGGAGUUUUUAUUUUGGAGCUAUUUUGCCUUUAUUGACAGUUGAGUAGUAUGGACAGAGUGGGGAGCUGAAAGGAGAUGAUGGGUGAUGGUAUGCAGCAAAAGGCUGCCCACUCAAGGGACUAAAGUGUCUAUAUAUAGGGCGUGCGAUGUAGCUGCUGGCAAAAAUCAGUGCUCCAUCAGAAUGCUCUCAUAUACAACCCUAACUUUUUUCAGUGUUGGCACCAUAGACUGUAUUUACUAUGUACAACUUGGUAUCACCUUCUGCCAGUAUUCGGAUUUGAAGCCAAAAAGCUCUUGGAAAUUCUGCGUUUUUUCUCUAUUUCCUGAAACCAACAUUGCGCAGUAGCGUUGUACGCACUCCACCACUUGCGCAGUAGCAUUGUACUCUUUCGGCGGUGUCGGCGAGAGAGUCACCGAGAGUCGCUGUAAUGACACUUGGCCCAAACAGCGUAUCCCCGGGGUGAGCUACGCAAUCUUCAUACGCCCAUAGGCUGUAUCAAGUGUCAGUCAUAGAAAACAUGAACUCCCUAAUAACUUUUAAAAACUGAGCUGUACAGAAAAAAGAGGACUUGAGCACAAACCAGUCUUACAAUAACUACAUGUCAACAUCCCAAGCAGGGGGGAGAAAAAUGUAUAUUCUGUGUGAUAAAUUUCUAAAGUUUGUCCACAUCUCCCUAAGGAUGGCUGGGGUAGGCGGGAUUCAUGACCUAUACUGCAGCUUGUCACCAGAGGGCGCUGUUCUUGGGGUGACUUUACCCAGCAAGGAGGCAGACGGCGUCCAUUCUAUAUACAGUCUACAGUCGGGACACUUUGUAUCGAGUUGAUAAAAAACUUUAGAUUCUGUAUUUAAUUGAAAUUAGUGCAAAGAGACAUAUUAGAUGUUAAAGUUGAAUCAUUUCGUUGUUAUUGAAAAACUAUGCACAUUUUUAAAUCUGAUAUAAGUUUCAGAAAAGUUGGUGAAUAAAAAAAACAUCUCCUGACAAAUUAGUUUAAACUUCAACAGGUUCCCUACAUGACUGGAUACUAAAAAGGCACGCCAGAGAGACUGAGUUUCUCAGAAGGAUAGAUGGGACGAGGCUCAACAGUCUGUGAGAGACUGGACAGCAAACGUUUCUGAAUAAUGUUCCUCAGUGCAAAACUGCAACCUACAUGUGGGUAUCACCAACUACAAACAUACAAAGUACAAACAAACUUAUCAGAGCAGGAACAGACAAUAAGCAUGCAUAUUCUGUGAGGUUGAAUGAUUGCUAUUGACUGAGAAGCCUGCUGAUUCUGCUGUGAGCGAUCAUUCAACUCAUCCAUGCACAGUACAAGGUGGGCCUCCUCUAGUCAGUGCUCAUAUUGGAAAAGUAACCCUUAUCAAAUUUAUAAAACAACAAAUAAAUUGCACAAUAAGACACCAAAAGCCAUAACCAAUCAUAUUAAGCUGCUUAGGAUAUUGUUUAAUAGAAGCAAAACCCACAUGCAGGGUUUUUUGUUCACUGCUCAGCACCCUGCCAGCACUUUUCUGCCAGAAUAGGGGUUAUAUGGGCACAGGCUGUUAUGCUCCCACGGCCCUGAUAUGUGAAAAUAAGAAGUAUGUCAUGUGAAAUCACCUCAACAAGAACCAGAACACCUUUAUUAAUUUGCUAGAGUUAUAAAUCCUGGCAGCUGUUUGACUUUCUAGUAAGUUACCUCAAAAGCCUCUGCAUCAGAAUAAGUUCGAGUUUAUGAAAGCUAAUCCAAUCUGCACAUGUUUUUGUUGAUUUGCAGCUUUUUCUCUUGAGGGAUCUGGGAUCAGCUUUGCAGAUCUGUUCCGCCUGGUGGCUUUCUACUGUAUCAGCAGGUAAAUAACCAACAUUACUCCCCCCUGUUUCUCUCAACCACAUCUUCAGCUUCUUUGUUUAUUCUGUGAUACUGAGAGGGUCAUUCCAGGAUAAAAACAUCAUGAAUAAUGAUCAUCGUGUCGAGUAAGCAGCAGUCAGCUCUUCAUGCCCCGGGCUCUCACUUCUUGUUUUACUUUGUGCCAGCUCAGGACACAGACGGACCGACACAGGAGUUUAUAAAAUGACACAAGACUUUGCGCCGUGAGCAGGAUCCAUGUCAAUAACAAUGUUAUCAUGUUUAUAUUAUGAUAAUGAUUUCACUUCUGCCAGAGUGCAGGUUCUGUUUUACCAAUCGUCAUCUUUUUUUCUUAGAUAUCUGUGUCAAACUGAGGACAUGUUCUGACCAUAACGCCGUAGAACAAACAUAAAGUGAACUUUGAACUGAUAACGUAAAUGUGUCAUCAUUUUACUUUUACGAGAAUUUUUCUUUGAAUACUGCAGCUGGCCCCUUACUUACUAACCAGAGUACUUUAUGUUUAUUUAGGUCAUAUUUAUUAAUUGCCUGUUUAUUUCUCACUCAGGGAUGUCUUGCCUUUUACACUCAAACUCCCAGACGCCAUUGCAUCUGCAAAGACUCAGAAAGACCUGGAGGAAGUGGCCCAGCUUGGAGCAGGUAGUCCUCAGUGAUUUAUCUCUUCGCUAGUAUGAAAUCUAGAUACAACAAUGUCAACAAUUUUAAUUCAAAUCAGGUGUGGUUUACUUAUAUACUGGUUUAUAUACUUGUAACUGUGUCCUAAUUAAGGGGUUGCAGCAACAAGUGGCUACCUGACUGAUCUGGCAGCUCAUGUAACGCAACACCAUCAUCAACAUUUGAAAGAUCAUUUCAAUGUGCUGAGAUAAAACCCUCUUGUUCUUCAACAGGGGUAUAUUUUGAGCGGUCUUUGAAAUCAGACACCCUUAGAUAUGCUGCUGUCAUGCAUUCAGUCUUCAAAUGCAGCCUUUGAAGGCUGCAGCCAGUACCUGAUAAACCCAGAGAAAGAUGUUUUGAAGGCCAACCUGAUAAUGUUCAAUAGUGUUUCAUAAAAAAAAAAAACCUGUGGAAGAAAAGGCAGUUCUUACUUACAGCACUAAGAUGGAGAAGAAAAGUGGUUUCUCUGUGCAAAUUUAUUACAUUGAAAGGCCCAGUGAUAGGGUCCCAGCCAUAGUACUAGCCAGUAGUACUUGAUGACCAAGUACUACUGACCAAGUGCAGCGGGUCAUUUCCAUGAAAUAAUAGUCAUCAUAUUAAUCAUUUUGCACUGCAGACGCGGUAGUUCUUCUGCCUUUGCAUCUCGGUCUGAUUGCAUUUCCAUUAAGUAAUAAUCAUAAAUUUUCUGCUGCAUUCGGUGAUUGAAUCGUCAAAGCUCCUCCACAAACACGCAGCUGCUGGAGGAGAGUGGAUGAGUUGUGUUUAGUCUCUUUGCUAAAGAAAUCAGGCAAAGUUAAAAAGAUGUUUGGUGGCUAGUUCUAUGGCUGGGACCCUAUUUGUACUGUUGAUGAAGUUUAGGUGCUGUUCUGAGCAUUAUUUGUGGCUAUAGAGUGGCGUUUUGGUUGAGGUUUGCACGUGGAGCCAUAGACCGCUGUGUAUUGCUAUAGUGUGAUUGUUACUAAAAUUGGGAUAACUAGAGAAGCAAGCAGUCGGCAACAUUCAUCUUCGAAGGGGUGUCUAACUCUGUGUUACGGUGUGUUUGACCAUAACUUAAAUUUAGGCUGGAAUAUCCCUUUAAGAGCAGGGCAGAUUCAUUUGUUUUUUCAGGUGGCUCAAUUUAUCCUUAAUUCUUUGUACAAAUGAGUAAAAUGUUUUUUAAAUAAUAAGCGUAAAGGGUCUGUGAGAAGUUUUAAAAUGUAUGCAAAAUGGACUGAUACUAAUGUCUCCGUCUGACCAUCAGCAGCUAACAGGACCAACAACAGACUGUUUUUAUCUGUAGUAAUUUUUAACACUUAGGAUAGGUGUCCAGAUAAUAAACAGCAGGCUGAAAAUUCAGCCUUUAUCAUUUUUUCAUGCCAAACACUCAGAGUGAGUUAUACAUUUCACUGUUCAUGAUAUCAGGUUGAGGUUUUAGUCAAAAAACACAACUUUUAAAUGUACAGGAGGAGAGCUAAGAGUCACCAUGUUGUCAAAGGGGGGCGACAGAACCAGUGCAAGCUAAAAAUUUCUCACAAACGCUUCAACAAGCGCCUUAUAAAGUGUUUCAUAACUUGUGAAAAAAUACCAUGCAAGGGUUUUCCCUGUGCCCCCAGUCUCUACUCUAAACUAGGAAGUCUGUCACCUCCUAGUUUGCUUCAAAACAGACUUGUUGACACACACAAAAAGAUUAAUGCUGGCUCAAAUGCAACACCUAGAUUUACUGACCCCGGUUAAGUUUUUCUAAUGUUAAGGCAUGCGCUGACUCUGGUCUCUGCAUAGAAAAUAUAAAAAAGUGGUAGACUUGGAAAAUUUAAGCAAAUCUACAAGAUUAUACUGUUAAAAGUUAUAACGGCCGUUAUCAUACUCUUUCAUUUCAUUCGACUGAGACCACAGACAGGAAUAAAACAGUCAGCCAUUUCUGUCCUCAGGGUUUAUUUCUUUCUCUCUCUGUAAUAACUCUGGACGCUCAGGGCGGGUUUCACAGCAGAUUUCUUCUCUUGAUCUCUGUGGAGUUAUUCUGGGCUCAGCUGCUGUGAGACUGUAAUGAGUCAGCUUCCUACAGUACGAGUCUGUGACAUAGCUCAACACUUAGUGUGGGGGAGCAGGGGAGUGGCGAGUGGAAAGCCUCAGCGCUGUCUAAACACACACAUACCAUCUCACCAUAUUCAAAUAUGUAUGAAAACACACAGGGCCCCGUAGUAUGAGCGCUAACGUAACACUCACAGCAAACUGUGUCAUAGUUUCAGCAAACAUGAAAAGCUGCUUUUGUGUUUGCGUGUUGGAAUUCCUGUGAAUGGAUGUGGGUGUAAGCCUGAACCGAGAUGCCUUCUGCAUUGGUGUUUUUUCUAUUGGAUGUGAAGUGGGAGAGGUUGAAAAGGCCUCUUUAAGUGUGAGCCAGCUCCAGCUUUUCUUAGCUAGCCUGUGCAGUCAUAAAGGGAAACUCCACUUCUCCAUCAAGAAGCCUCUAUUUAAGGAUAAAGCAGCUGCCAUAUUAUAUGUUGUGGAAACAGAGGAUGCACAUGUGAAACACAAACACAUGUGACAUGAAGCUUCAGACAUUUGAAUAUGACAGAGCCUGAACACUGAGUUGUUUUUCCUUUAGGGGCAUUGAUGGCAAAGUGACUUUAGAAAGUCGCUUUUAAAAACGUUUACUUAUUGACUGCUGUUUUUAGUAAUGGAGAUGUUGUAUCUUAUGAACAUUUUGCAUUUAGGACAUGCUUAAUCUGGCAUGACAUUGCAGGCGUUUAUAUUUCACACUAUUAAAAAAAAAACAAAAAAAAAAAAACUACAAUGUUGUUCAAAAAGAUAAUGUCAGAAAGUAGUGUACCAUGAGUUUCUUAUAUUCUUGGUCAAGGAGACACAUGGGAUUCACUGCAAGGCUCAGAAUUAUGGACUAAAUAAACCCUUAAUUUAGGGCUGGGCGGUAAACCGAAAAUUGACCGAUACCAUAAUACAAUCGAUACAAUAAUCAAUGUCAUUCUGCCCAUGUGGGUAUAGUCGGUGUCAAAUAAAAAAAUAAAAAAAUAAAAGUUGAUUUUGGAUGUGUGUAGGUAGGCUAUGGUCCCUUUAAGACACUGUCCUACGUUGGAGACAUGACUCCAACCCAACCAGUCUGUAAUAAAGAGGGAAAUACAGGUGAGGAGAUGGAGAACAGUUCAAAAGUUGAAGCAGCUGGAGCGGCGGCUGAAGUAGACGAAGUUAAUGUAUGAGGUGGUGAGCAGCUUGUGAAGUAGUCAUCGUCCAGUUAUCGUCAUUAAGGUGAACUGCUCAAUAUAUUGUGAUUUUGAUUUGAAGCCAUAUCACCCGCCCUACCUGAACUUACCAAACAGAAAAAAAAAGUCUUUAACAAAUUAUAAUUCUAAGCUUUGUACUCUGCUGUAGAAGUGCAGUAUAUUUACAGUUUUUUUUCUGUUUACAAAAGAAUUAACAAGUUUAUCAGUCAAUCAAAAAAAAAAAAAAAACAUCUAUCAAAGUCAAAACUAAAUAUCUUCACACACUAUCAGAAAAAGCAGGCGUUAAGGUCAGUACACACAAUCUGGCGGGAGAAGGGGAGAGUACACAGACUGCUGCAGUUUAGAUUUAAACCAGUGCCGGCCCUCUUCCUCCAAUCCAAAAGCUGCCAGUCUGGUUGAACUGACUAAUCAGAGGCAGCACCUCCAUCAGCACCUAAUCAGCAGAAUCACACACACCCACAGAAACAAACACACACUCUCACAGAAACAAACACACUCUCACUUACAGUCUGCAGGAGGAGACUAAGCAAUUCACAUAUGACCCAGUGUCAUAUAAUAAAGUUAAUCAUAACACCACUGGUAGUUCAGUCAACAACAACUCUACUGAUAGUGAAAAUUCAAACAGACAUUGCACCAGAUUGUAAACAGGGGUCCACCGAUAUUUGUUUUUCAUGAGACCAAUAUGAUGUGUGGACUUGAAAUGCACUGACAGAGAAAAUUGAAAACUUUCUGUCAAAAAAUGUAGAAUUUUAACUAUUUCAAGCUGCAACACAAACUUUCAAGUUCAAGUUUCUUUAAUCGCCACACGGCUAGGCCGGUGGAAUUUUUCACAGUGCAGGUGGUAGCUGCAACAAUACACCACAUUAAUUUAAACAGACAUUAAACAAUCCACAGGAAAAAAAACAACAACAAGACAGUGACAUGACAUAACAUAACAUAUGAAACGGGGUACCACAGGACAUAAUACACAGACUUCACACAUGUCGACCAGAGGAGUUUAGCAGUCUAUUAAAAACUGAAACAUUCAGCAUAAUAUACAGUAGUUAACAUUUAACUUGUUGCACUUACAGUACAGAGUGAGCAAGACUUUGGGUGAGACAAAGUGGUGCAAGAAAAAGGUCCCAGAGGGAAAGUUACAUGGGCAGAAAAGCCAAAAUAGUGAUCAGUAAAACAGAAGACUGAUCCAGAUUAUCCGACUAAUGUUUAAAAUUAAUAAACAUUAAUAAAUUAAUAGCCGACUAAUGGGCUCUAAUAAUCAGCCAAGUCCACUCAUCAGUCUACCACUAAUCUUCACUUUGAACCAAACCUGAGCCUCUAGUCAGGAUAGUAAUCGGCUAAUGUAACAAUUCAACCGAUCUGUAGUGCUCAACUGGACAUGGUGGCAGGAAAGGUUUACAUAAACAGUUCUAACAUACUAAACUGAAUAAACCAUAGUCAGGAACCACAACUUUUAAUGAACUGUGUAUUUAUAUAGCUAGCUUUUUAGAGAACUCACAGUGCUUAUAUAUGUCACACCACAUUCACCCCCUUGCGUUUGCACUCUGGAUUAGGCUGUCUCUCGCAGACUUGUCCACACGCCACAGUGUCAGGUGAUUGAAGCAUAUGCAGUCAAGUGAGAAUACCACACACAUAGUUCAGUCUGCAGACACUGAGGUAGCAUAGCACAUAUGAAACUGCCCUAUCAGCCAGAGCGUGAGUCUUUACUGCUCCAGGAAAGGCAGAGGUUAUGUUCCCAUUUUUAGCCUGCAGGAAAUGUCAUCAGUGGGUUUCUGUUGCUGUCACUGCACAUAUAUUUUAAAGUGGCUUGACUUGUUGCCUUGUGUUUUUUUUGGUAUGGGUAAAUGUGUUUAAAUCAUGGCAUUUAUUCAUAGAUCUAAUCUUUUGUCUUGUAUUGUUUGUAGAGUAGAGUCUGUUUGCAUGGUGGAUAGUUGAAAACAAUGGGAUGAUUCAUUAGGAAGGCACACAUGACAUCCAAAAGGAAGCAUGUGGUCUCCACAGCUUUGGGAAACUUGGACUGUAAAUAUGGCAUAAAAAAGAGGCAGAAAAUCGUAAAAAUAAGGUUUGAUCAACGUGAAAGAUUCAUUAAUCUACAGAAAAGCCGUCAAAAGUACUCGCCUAAGGGAGCGUAAGACGUGAGAGAGGAAAACAGAGCAGAGAGAGGGAGUGGAGGAACUGGAACUGUGCCGUGUGGUGUGUUGAGCGCCCUCCCACUCUGUCAUUAGCAUGGGCGACUCCCUCUUUGUGUGUUUGCUGGUUGUGUAUUGACUACAAGUGAGUUAGAGUGAAAAGACAGGGCAGAACUCGCAGCUUUCCUGCCACCGGCAAGAGGAAAAAUACAAACAGGGAGACAGAAAUACAGGGAGAAAACUUCAACUAAGCACUGAGGACUAACCUGACCAAUGGUAAGAACUUGUUGCUGUCUCUUUUCCUGUCAUAUAGUCCUUUGACUACUUGUUUAAUUUGAAGUCUCUGUAUCAUGGCUCCUUUUUGUAAAUAUUACCCUAAAGUGCUCGAGGAGAAGUGUGUCUAGCUGAAGGGUAGUUAAUGUUUGCCUCUCUGUGUGCUUGUGUCUGUGUUUUACAGGCUUCUGGGACUCUGCCCUGUGCAGUCAGCGUCACACUCCUCCCAGUCCCUGUCGCCCUCUGAGCCGGACGCUCAGCCCCCAGCGGACCAGGAGGAACAGGGAGGUCCGGGAAUCACAGCAGAGGCACACAGGGGCUCACUGCGACAGCGCUCCACCAACCCUACGGUCCCAAAGCCCUCCGUCUUCCUUUCAUCUUGAGAGGAGACAUUCCAGUGGUCCUGUGUGCUUCAUCAACCCCCUGUUCAUCCAGACCAAUCAGCACCGCCACAGCUUUGAUGAAGACCCGCCUCUAAAGGCUGUCAAGUCCACUAACCUGGAUAAUGCAGAGAGAGCAUCCAUGAAGCCACUCGGCAGCAGUAAUGAAGCGACUGAGCAACAGAAUCCCAAACUGAACAGUAACUCCAAACAACCACCCCCUCGCCCUCCUCCACCCCGCUCCAUGUCACGCCGGCGCCCUGCCCCACCACCACCUGGCCCUUCAGCAGCGACCAUUAGACCUAAGAGCAUGCCAGGGGCCGUAGCUGCAUCUGCAAAGCAACAGCCAUCCCCAGUCAAGCGCCCAGCACCCCAACCACCGAAAAUGGGUGCCAAGCACGGCAGCCCAUCCAAAACGGCCACCUCACCCAACCGCACUCCUUCGAACCCUCCUCCUCCAAGGCCCAAAAAGCCCGAUCUGGAGGCCCAUCGCUGCCACAUUGCCCUGGAUGAUGAAACUAUUGCUAAGGCUUUGUCUAGAGCAAAACCCCCUUCCUGCAAGUCUCCUGAACUACUGGAGAGUAACGCUGGCAGUCCCUCCGCUCCGAAUGAGAGGGGAGGCCAGCGUCUUAGUGACAUGAGCAUGUCUACUUCCUCCUCUGACUCACUGGAAUACUCACAGGCUCCUGGAUUCUCCCUGGGGCUAGCCCCGAGUCCAUCGCGGCAUAUUAAUCAUCAAGACACAGUUGAGGACAGCAGCGAUGAUGAUGAGUAUGGGGAAGAAGAUGAGGAGGAGGACUAUGGGGUCAGUCUAGAGACAGACCUCGAAAUGCGUCUUCGUCCCUCUUUCAAAGCUCGGCGGCCUAGAGUCGGAGUGAGCCUGAGUGGUGGUUCUUUUGUCAUCCCCAGAGCUCUAAAGGGACGUUUCAGGAAGGUGAGUGGUAUGCUGAGCUCUCUCAUGACCCCAGAGAGACGGGCAGUGAAAAGGAUUGCUGAGCUCUCCAGGGACAAAAGCUCAUACUUUGGCUCCUUGGUCCAGGACUACAUCAGCUUUGUUCAGGAGAACCGAGGUUGUCACACAUCAGCAGUGGAUUUUUUGCAGACUCUUCGGCAGUUUAUGACACAGAUGAAGGCUUACCUGCGCCAGAGCUCUGAGCUGGACCCCCCACUAGAGUCACUCAUACCUGAGGAACAGAUUGGUAAGUCUGACCAGAUCUCUGUAAAUCAGUAAAACGAAGCGGGUAAGAUGCACUUUUUAAGGUUUGUUGUCAUGUGGAGUGUCUUGGUGAAACAUCUCCUCAUGUGAGCAUGGGCACAUCAGCGUGGUGGUUUAGUCAUAUCCCAUUUUGACAACAUUCAAUUCCCUACAUGUUUGCCCUUGGAGAGUCAUAAGCAUUUCUUCGACGUAUUAUUGAAAUGUCUUCAUUCAUUGACAAUUUUCUGUAAAUUCUUGAGUGUGCUUAGAAACCAGACAUCCUGGUUGAAGUUUUCCAUAUUAGUCAGUGUCUCAUUGCUGGUGUUGAGUUACAGAGAUGCCGGAGUGCUGUGCCCCAUUGGGUUAUUCUUAGCUUAUGUCUGUUGGUGCUGUCAAGCUCUUUGAAAGUCAGAGCCGGUACAUUAUAAUGGUCAAUAACAGAGAUCCAGUAUUAAGUCUUGCAGGUAUAUCUACGAAUAUAUUCUUACCGAUGUUAAAACACUAACCAGUAAUUGUACCCAUGCUGGAACAGCAAUAUGUAUUGAGCAGGCUGUAACAUUAUAACUGACAGCACUGUCUGCACCUCAUGUGGCAAGGCGUCAAGGCCAGGUUUGGUUGUCAGUAGUGCUGACAUGAUGUUACAUUUACCCCACAAGAUCAGGGCCAAAAAAUCCAUGAUAAUGAUAUGUUUAUGCUAUGAAAAUGUAGCAGUGCAAUCAAUCAAAUCAAAGGCAAAAAAAGGAUGGAGCAACAUGGUACUUUAUUUUGCUCUAUAGUCUGUAUUGUCAAAGCAGCAAUUUUAAACGGAACCACACGCUAUUUCAAAGUAACUUAGCACAUGCAUGUAGUAGUAUAUAGAUUAUAAAUUCCAGAAGUGCAAAACAGCUUGAAAGUACAAAUGUUUCUUAAGUGGAUUCACAAUAAAUCUUGAAACAUCAGUCUUAGCAGCGUCUAACCAUCUUCCAGAGGGCGGCUGCUGCUGUUUCUUCAUCUUCUCUCUGUUUUUAUAGCAGGUGGCAACCAGUCUGUAGAACCACUACCACUGUCACUGCUUACUUACUUGGUAUAGAUACCACUGCCAAUAUUUAAAGGGUAUUUGACAUGUUUUUUUCUUGUAUUUUUUAAAAUGACACAGUUUUACUAUAUGCUUGCUUUCAGCAUAUCAAUAUUUUAUUUUUGACAAAGAAAUUUAUCAUCAACACCAGAAUAUUGCAUUUGAACUAUUAAACUUUCGGACUAGGGUGAAAUCAGCGCCCUCUGUGGACAAAGUGAUACCUCUAUAGUCCAGUAGUAUUUUUAGGCCCAAAAGACAGUAUCCUGUUGUCUUUUAAGAAUGAAAAAUAUCACUUACUAGGAACAUUUGCCAUGAAAAAAACAAAACAUUCUCCUUUUAUCAGCUGGCUGUCAGUCAUCAGUUCAACACCUACCUUCACAAAGCAUUUCUAAGCAUUGAAAAUUAUUACACUAAAUCUGUCUGCCCUCUUGCUGAUGGUCUCAUUUUCUUCUAAAGAACAGACAGAGGCAUCAGUAUUAGUUUUAGUUUGUUUCUCUACUAGUUAAUAUCUUCUGAUUGUACUUUUAAUGUAGAACAAAGUCCUGAAGGAAAAAUGUGCUUAAAAACAUGUAUUUUCUAUGAUCUAUUGUAAAACCAUAUUAGUGUUCAGAUAUCUUGAAGCAGUCGGGUACUUACUGAAUAUUUCUCUUGCCACUGCUUGACACAAUGUGUGAGCUACAGACACAAAAGCCAUGUUUACAUGGGCACAAUUAAUCGGAACAAAUGCCCGAUCAGAAUAAAUGUGUCAUGUAAACAUGACGAUCAGUAGAUUCUAAUCCAAUUUGACUCUACGAAAAGAAAUUGUAUUCCAAAAUGCGUCCAUGUAAACAUUUAUUCCGAUCGUGACUCUCUUACCUGACUCAAUCUUCACUCUUUCGCCUUUGACAUAUUUGUUGAGGUCAUUACAGGAGGUGUCAUUAUUGACACUCCGGCAUUAAACACAACUGCAGGUGCUGUGUCAUACAUACAGUGUAAUGAUGUCACAUCUGCACACACAGUGCUACCUUUGACAGAACAGUAAAAUAAACUCAUGUCCGUGUGCAUGUUUGAAUGCCUCUUAUCUGAAUAAAGCUUGGUGCAUGUAUACCCACAUCGCGAUUGGAUUAUUUGAUUUUGAAUCCAUAUAAACUAUGGAUUCAGAUUUUCCGAUCCCUCAGAUUUUUAAUCGGAUCAAGAAAUUUUUGCCCAUGUAAACAUGGUUCAAACUUCACAUUUCAGAAGUUUGUAUGUCCUCAGUUAAAAGAAAGAAAAGGAGUUUGUGGGUUAACAAUGGUUUAAAGUUGUAGUACUAAAACUGUUUUUCGUUGAAGCUGUGAAAAUUUCUAAACAACAUUUACAGCUCUGUGAAAAGAGAUAUUUGAUCAUUGUGAACUUGACUUUCUGCAUUAAUAUGUAAGCAUGUUUGUGCACCCAUCUCACUCCCCUUGUUCAUUGUAAACAACAACAGCAAAGCUUUGUUCAGAGACAGAAGUGAUCCUUUCUCAGAACAGACCACAGAUGUGCACUCUCACUAAUGUUCCCUUUGGAGAAGAGAAACAUGAAGAAACAUUCUUCAGCUUUUGUAACUGUAUAAUCAGAAAAAUAACUUUCUCUUGGCAGGUUUAAGUUGUUUCAAAAACACUUAAAGGAUUUCUAAAUCAGCUAAAAACAGGUCUGAAUCAGCAAUAGUUUAAACUGAAAAAUCAAUAAAACUACAGCAGGAUCAUUCACUCAGGCUGAUGUCAUCCUGAAAUCCCACUGGGCAUGAUUUAAGAAAGUGAAGUUGAGCUGGUGUGUGCGUGCUCCCAUCCAGAGUGUUUACAAAAAGAUUAAGAUGAGAGUGUUUAGAUUAGGACUCAAAGUCUGACAUCUUAGGGAAGAAAUGUUUCAAUCGGACUGUUUUUAUGGUGAAUAAGAGGGUAUCUAAGGUGAAUAUAAUGCAGUAAACUUUAAAGUCUACUGGUGGAAUGACUGUCAGAUGUUUGAGAAGGAAGGGCGUCCCCUUGCAAACACACACAUUCAUUAUGACCUUGAUCAGAGAGGGGGUUGUAAAGGAAAAGGACAGGUCAGCAUUUAUGGGUUGUAAAAACCUUGGGUGAACGGUUUCCAUUAUCUUAAUUUUCUAUACUGAUUCUUGCAGUAGUAUGUUUUGUGUGUAUCUCCUUGUUUUAAUAUAACAGAUUAUCAGAUUGAUGGUGUUUUAGGUAAGCCUUCUAACAGGUUGUAGUCCAGAUAAGCUAAUUACAAUUUCACAAUAUACAAAGAAUAUGGGCCUUCCUGGAGGAAACCAGGAAGCCUGCAGCAAGACAGUGUGAGCGGAUGUGUGAACCUGCCUGGUCAAACUACUUAGAGUCCAAUAGUAUGUCCUUAAGAGCCCCUUUACCCCUCCUUGUGUACACAUGAGGAUCUGAUGGGCUUAUCAAGCCACUGGAAACACCUCCAGCUUUUCGGUUUUCAUAACUUUAGAUUUAUUUGACUUAGCGGCGUAAAAUAAAGAUCUACCAAUCCUUACCCUAGGUGACCCUCAGCCCCUUGCGCUGAGAUGGAGCUUGUGAACUUGUCUUGUGGGGGAGUGCUUUUACCUUGAGCUCCUACCAUGACUCACUGUAAUGGCAAAAACUACUCCAAAAGAACAGAUUUCUUGUGUGUGCAUGUUCGCUUAUGCAAGAUGCAAAACGUGCGUUUGGUUCAGUGCAGCUGCUUACAUAAGAGCAGCAUAGUAGAGCCUGCCUGGAGGCUGAGGAUGCCUGCGCAUGAAUCAGAAGUCAGUUCUGCCUCAGAACAAUGAGACACAAUUGUUCAGACGCAACAUGCUGUGCAUAGCUGAGGUGGGCAGGAAGGUCUUCAGAGCUUAUGUACGUAAGUCUGAGGUACAGAUGAAUGCAUUGAAAAGGAUCAAGUGCAACUGAAUGAAUGAAAUACAGGAUUAUGAAUACACUUCAGUUUGAUGCUGGAUUUUUAAAGGUCAUAUUUGUGAUGAUGUGCUUCUCCUUUACUCUUUAUAUCAAAGUUAUGCUGACUUCUAGCUGAAAAAUCAAAGUCCCUGCUAGGACUUAUUUGUUUGUAAUGAUUUGGGGGCAUUGCUGCCCUCAGAUGCCUGGACAGCCUUUGUGACAGUAGAGUAGGAGUAUGACUUAUCUGUAACAUUGAAAUCUUUCUGAAAUUGGCCAAGACAAAAAUGUAAGUGGCAGAAAUGGGAAGGUGUGAUAAAUGUAACAUCCUCAGUUGUCAUUGAAGAGAUCUAUAGCCCAAGGCUGCUUCCUCCCCUGUUAGGACCUGUAACAGGCUACACCUAUAAAUUUUAGUGGAUGACUCACAAUAAUAAGUAUAAUUUUUGUGGGCUAAACUGGUCAUGAAACAGGCUGAAGAUUAAUUGUUAAAAGACUGAGUUUCUAUGUUGUAACUGAAAAACAGAUGACAAAUUUUCCAGUCAUGGAAAAUAGAGAAAAAAUAAGAAACAGCUAAAUGUUCUGGAAAAUCACUGGGAAAAAAAUUGUAUUGGAAAAAAACAAAACCAUGCCACCUGAAGGGGCUAAAUUAUGUUAAAGAUACAUACAAAACUGUAGAAAAUGGACAACAGUGCUAAGGACGGGCCACAAGCUGCUUAUACCUCAAGUUAUAUCACACAGUAUUACCUGUGGGCAGGAUGACAAUUAAAUCAAGUGAAGUUCCAAAUAAAGUAACAAAACUUUCGAUGAUUGAAGAAAUAUGCUGUUUCAGAAGUAUAAAUAUGAGUCACAGCUUGUUGCUGAAUAAUGCUAAAUUAGUUCGCUUGGUUGGAUCAGCUGAUGAAGCUGACAUGCUAACUAGCUAGCCUCGCCUGAAAGGUUUGCAGUAUGUGAUUCGCACUCAGAACGCAAGUUACAAAUGCAAGUCCGGCAUUUUUGACAGAGUUCGAUACCCACUGAGCAACAGACGGUUAUUAGAUGUCUAGUUUCUUUUUUUUAGACCUAAUUUCAACCAUCUAGAUUCUGUAUAUUUUUAAAUGGAAGUCAGACGUUGCACUUUAACCCAUUAUUUAAUAACUAUUUAUUUAAAAAAGCAACUGUGAGUUGCAUGACUGAUCUCCAAGUACGUUACCAAAAUAAUUAUGAUAGCUGUUGAGCAAAAUACAGUGUAGUAUAGAUAUAGCCCAGAUUUAGACUUGGUCUAAACUUGGUAUAAAUUUAGAGGUGUAAAAAACUUUCAUUUUUAGACCUGUGGUAGCCUGAUUUUAGACCAGUCGUCUAGGCUACAUUUAGACGCCUAUUAGACCUCUUUUAGACCAAAAAAUGCUCAGUGGGUAGAGUUUAUGGAUCUUUGGAAAAUAGCCGUAACCACUGCAGAGGGGUAGCUGUGUGACAAAGCAAUCUAAGUUAACUCGAGAUGAGAAAAAUCCCCUUUUUUCAACAUUUUCCACAGCAAAUAUCCCCAGUAAAUGAGGCGCAUGACUGUUUAACUGUUAGAUAAGAUAUUUUUUGUCAGAUAACACCACUACUCACAUGACAGGAUGAGGUAAGACAGAGGAGGUAUCACUUUGUCUACGGGCAGGGCAGUAAUGGCACAAAAAGGGAGUUCCUCAAGACACAUGAAGUAUUUGUUGCCAUCAUUCUUUGAGAAAUUCAUUUUCUUCAUGCUGCAGAAAUAGAAACUUAUGCAGGGACCCAUGUACCAGUGCAGCGGUGUCUCAAGCAGUCAGAGGUUGAGUGCCUUGCUCAAGGACAUUCAGGAAGCAAACUUCCCAUCAAUCAGACCAGACUUCCUUUUGUUUGGUACCCACACUUCAACAAGUGACCCUUAUGCUCCAAAGUCAUGUUCCUGCGCUUCUGCUGCCCUUGAAUGUGUUGCAUUGGCCACGCAUCUGUUUAUGUUGUCUGGGAUUAUUUAUGAUUUAUUUUUGUAAGAGUGUAUGACAGCAUAUAUGUAGAAAGUAUACCUUGACACCAUCUCGUCUCUGUAGUGUACAUCACUGACUUGUAUCAUGUAUUCUAUGUGUUCUGGUUCAUAUCAGUGUCAUGGUAUGCCACAUUUUCAAUGAAGACAGAGUGUAUUCCAAUGAAGAGUGUCACCUCUGUAAUUGACAGUAAUUCUAGAUUUUUAUAGCUGACUGUGUGGUUUUAGUUUAGUGCGGUCUGUCUUACAUUACAGCCAGUGAGGCAAUUCAGUUGUAAAAAUAACUAUUGUGUUUGAGAAUUUUUUGAAUAAUCUACUGGUGUGUCACUGUCGUCCUCUGCAGACCAGGUGCUUGAAAAGGCGAUGCACAAGUGUGUCUUGAAGCCUCUGAAGAGUGUGAUUGAUGUGGCUUUACAUGACUUCCAGGUAAGAAAAAACAUACUUCUAAGAAUUUGUUUAAUAUAUUAGUUGGCCAAUAUCAUUGGCUCAUUUUGUUCUACCACAGAUAUUGGUAUCUGAGAAGAAACAUACCCCAAAAAAAAAUAAAAAAAUCUAAGAUUAGAAACAUCAUGGUUUAAAAACACCAUAUUAAUGACCUGUUGAUGACAUUAUUUUGGCUAACUGUGUAAAUGAACUCUCCUCUGACAUGUGUUUGUCGUCUCUACAGAAAAGCAGUAAUUCUUUGCAGCAGCUGAAGGAGAAUCUUGCCCUCGCUAAGACCAAGAAGCCUCAGGAGUUAGGAGUGGAUGGAGCUGUGCCCCCUGACUCUGUGGCUAUCGAGAAGAUCCGCCACAAGUUUAUGAACAUGAGAAAGAUGUACUCCCCAGAGAAGAAGGUGUCGCUGCUGCUGCGUGUGUGCAAACUCAUCUACACCAUCAUGCAGGAUAACUCAGGUAAGGACAGAAUGAUUCAUCUCCUGGUAUAAAAAUCCUGAAACUCAAAUUUAUUUGCAGACAACACACUGGUGGAGCAGUGGUUUUACUUUUCAAAAGGUUUUACAAAUCACUGAUGUGAGAUCCACACUGUGUUUGUAGUGCUGAACUCUGUCUGACCUGGACAACCGCCACACCUAGCCACGUCCCUGCUCAGUCUCUGCUCUGUCUGCUUCCUUUCAGGGAGGAUGUACGGUGCCGAUGACUUCCUACCCAUGCUGACUUAUGUGGUAGCUCAGUGCGACAUGCCUCAGCUGGACACAGAGAUCCAAUACAUGAUGGAGCUUCUCGACCCCUCUCUGCUGCAAGGCGAGGGUAGGUCAUCCUGUCUCACUCUACGACAGUAGGCUGUAACUUUGGUCUUUAUUAUUUGUAGCUGAGAAAACACAAACUAUGCUGUUAAUACAGUAUCACUUUAUUUGAUCUAUUCUUAAGGUGGUCUGUCUCUUAAAUUACUGAUUCAUACUGUAUGUUAAAAUGAUCUUUUCUUAGAUCCUCUCCCUUACGUAUGAUAUGCAUGUGUUCAAGCAUAUAUUAUAUAGGAUGAUAGAUUGCUGGGUCUGUUUAUUGAGAAACUGGUUUGGGAAGCGAGGCUAUCUGCCAGUGCAGAUGAGUUCAACUUCAACUCUGACACCAACAUCUAUGUUGAAGAAUUUUUAAGCUACCAGAAAGCCCUUUCAUUUAUGCAUGAUCUGCAGAAACAUAUAUAACUUUCCCUACUUGGGUGAAAGUCGGUUUAACCUGUCAGUUGAGUGGAAGGCUCAUUCUCCUUAAAUUUGCAUGCCUAAAGGUUGAAAAUCAGGAUGUCGGGCAAUCAUUACUUGGCCACAGAAGCAGCGUGGUUGCUGUCACAGCCUGAGAUUGACACCUAAACUUCUGUGAGAUGUCUUGUCUUUUGAUAUUAACUUAGUUCAUACAAAGACUGAUUAUUUCAUUUUAUCUCCUUUAACCAGGAGUCUAUUAUUAUAAAAUGUUUGACUGACUUUGUCUUAUUAUCAAUCUGUUGCGGCAAUCCCAACAGAUUGACCCAAAUAAAUUAGUCUCUAAAUUUCUUUCAUUAUCACAAACACAAAACAACAUUUCUUCCUGUAUCACAAACAAAAAACUAAAACUCUUUCAUUAUCACAAAAUUGAUUCAAUCUGAAUCAAUCUGAUGUGGCAAUCCCAACAGAUUGAGACCCAAAUAAAUGAAUCUCUAAAAUUCUUUCAUUAAAUGAUGCUGAAAUUAACGCGCCAGACAGAUGAACAGUGCACAGGACUGUCAUAUAUGGACCUGUCACCUGGACCCUCUCAGCUGAGUUGAGUUUCUCAGGAAGGUGCAGCGAGAGUGAAGGAAGGAAAAGGCCCUGCGAUACAAGAAGGAAAUUCCAGUGGAUGUUUGAUUUGAAUGGAGCGGGUUCAGAGGAAAAAGAAGGCUGGACCCUCCCAGAAUGAAAUACUUUCCUAUCAGCGUCAACCUGUCUGGCACCUUCACUCAUUGAAGAGUGAGGUGGUGUGUAUCCUCGAGAGGUUUUAUUAAUUACUUAAGGAAAAAACAGUAGCUCCUGUUCUGACUCAUUAUACGUAGCUGAUAAAGAGGAAGUGUUCGGUCUAACAUUUUUUGGUGACUAUGUGAUCUCAACUGGUUUCAUUUCUUGAUAACAGGUCCUGAUGUACACUGGACUCUGUUUUGUUUCUUAUCCUUCCUCUAACAUUACUCUCUUUUGUGUCGACCCCAGGAGGUUAUUACCUGACGAGCGCGUAUGGAGCCAUGUCCCUUAUCAAGAACUUCCAAGAGGAGCAGGCGGCCCGUGUGCUGAGCUCUGAAACCAGAAACACUCUCCACCAGUGGCACAGGCGCCGAACUGCUCUGCGUUCAGCACCAUCUGUGGACGACUUUCAGGUAUCACGCCUGACCUGAACCCACCUUGAACAUCCAGGCAGUGAGUCUAAGUCGAACCAAUUCCAAAAUUCAUCCCACUCCAGCUGGGGAAAGGUGCAUGAAAGGUGCUGUGUACAUCCACAGUUUCUACUAACAGCACAGCAUGCUGAUCUGGCUCUGCGGUUAAUAAUUUGGGUAGACAGCACCCUCUAGUGAAACUUCGAACACCUGCAUGUGAUUUCUCAGAAUAACCGCCAUCCUGUCUGCUUGAUUUUAUCUGAUACUUGAAUCAUUUUGAUGCAGAGAUUUCUUUUUGCACUAUCUUGUAACACACGGCUCUUUUGUUUUCACUUUAGAACUAUCUCCGUGUAGCGCUGCAGGAAGUGGACACAGGCUGCACAGCCAAAACCCUGGUCGUUCAUCCGUACACAACCACUGAAGAGGUCUGCUCACUCUGCGCUUACAAGUUCAAGAUCCCCGACCCCGAGAAUUAUGCACUGUUUUUGGUAACUGAGGAUUCGAGUCAGCAGCUCGCCCCGGACACUCACCCCCAACGGAUUAAAGCCGAGCUCCACAGCCGGCCCCGAACACAGAUCUUCCACUUUCUCUACAGGAAGGUGCCUAACCUAAACCUCUGUAUCCCCACCGUCAUACACAAUGGAAACUGCCUUCAAGUGGAAUAAUGAAAGAGAAUGUGAAGUUACCACUUACUGCACUUGACCUCUCACAAUAAUUACAGUUUGCUGCAUUCUGGCGCUUGUAGUUUUUUUUUUUUUUUUCUGUUGUCGGAUUGGAGAAGGUGUGGAAAAUAGUCUAAGCUGGAUGUUGGCACAUUGCUGCAGAUAUUGAAUGUCUUUAGUCAAGAAUGGUGUCAUAGAGAGAAUUAGGGGAUUUUAUGUAUAUUUUUGGUUAAACCACCAAAGGUAGCAUGGAUUUUGGUAAGUGUUGGUGUUUUACCUGAACACUACUUGGAUCAAAAAAUCAGGAAAUGGUAAGUUUUUCUAGGGUUUAGUGAAGAGUUGACAGAAUUAUUUGACAAGCAUCUUGAACAUGAAAUUAGGAAGGAUAACCUGUACCAACUACCUUUUCCUUGUUAGGAGGGAAUCCUCCUCAGCAUGUGAAAAUUUUAUUUUGACACUAUAUAGAGGUACAGUGUGUCAGAAUUAGUAUAUUUGGUGAUGUCUAACAAUAAAGUCCUUGAUUGGACUGCUCACCCCUUACUUGGUAAAGCGAUGGUGGCCUUUGAAGGCCAGAAGCCCCUGUUUUGCAAAAUUCUUUUGCAACCACUUUCUUUUUUGUCAUGGUCUUAUGGUUGUCUCUAAUUUAAAAGAACACAUAUCACUUGGUAUAUUUAGGUUAAUUAUACACCGAUUUAAACAUUUAUGAAUAUUAUGUUAGAGUUCUACAAAGUCUUUUCUGCUAAAUAUUGCUCAACACUACACACUGUACCACUACAUUUUAAUAUAUUACAACUGUCUAACAUGCUUGAUGUGUAUUUAAACACCUAUAUUUUGAAAAACAAGAUGCUGAACCAAUCAACAGAAACUUUGACUAGAUUACAGUUUUCUGCAGUUUUGUUUUCCACUGCAAAAAUGAAAUUCAACUGCAACUGAGAAAGUUUGAAUUUGCAGCCCGAACCACACCAUUUUUAUUCAUAUAUGUACAAGUCAGGGAAGAUAAACUCAUUGUCCUUGUUUUAAUAAUUGUUACCGUAACAUAUUUUUUUUAAAGUUGGAAUUUUACUGCAGAAACUGUAUGAGAAAUGCACUUCUAGAUUUUUGGAAAUACUUUUUUGCUUGUUAAAUUCUAAGCUGGUAAAUUUAUCAUCAUCUGACCUGCCAAAAUAGAAUUUAAGAUAUAUGCAAUUAAAUUUGAAUGGUUAAAGUGGACUUAUUCACUGCAUCGAUCUAUAAAAAUGACAACAAUAAAAGCGUAGAAUAUUAGUAGCACCAAAAAUAAAACAAAAACAAGCAGACUACAAAGAGAGACAUACCAAUAAUUACACAAAGGGCAAAACAAUUUUUUAUACAAAACUUCAUUCAUGUAUAUAGCAAUUGAAAAAGCCUUAAAGAGUUAAAAAUAAAACAAAAAAUAACAUUAACAGUAUUAAAAGAAACUUGACACCAAGCUAAAAUCAAAAUGUAAGCUACAAAGAUAAAGAAAGAGAUAAGACAUUCAGCAAACAGGUUAAAAAAUCAAAUGUUUUAGAUAUCUGUCUGCAGCUUCAUUUUUCUGCUACCGACAAACUUUACAAAAAAGUUUUACAUAAAAUCUAAUCGUUUCUAGUCUAUUGUAAUCAAAUCUGUUCCUAGUGAGCAGAGCAGAAACAGAGGGUUUGUGUGUCGAUGUUGGAAGGGUCUUUAGUUGUUGAGUAGUCAUGUGUAAUACGGAGGUGAAGAGAUUGCCUGAUCGUUAGACAUGAUUAAAAUCUCUAAAGUAGAGUUCAUAGAGCUGAAAACUGCCUUUCAUGUAACUUUGUUCGCCUUAACUGCUGUUCGCACAGGUGCCUUUAACAAGAAUGAAUCUGUUUAUCACUGGGAGCUUCAAACUCUUAUGAAAAUGACCCUUUGUGCUAUAGCUUUGAUUUGAUAAGUAAUAUUAACUGUUUUUAAAGUUGUUAUUGUUUUUUCAAUGACUCUUUGUUUUUAUUUCUGCAGUUGCUGGUCAACUGUAGCUCUUAUGCCUGAGUAGAAAUAUUUUUAUAUACAAAUGUUCCUCUUUUCAUCUCUGAAGUGUCAAAGAUUUGUAUUUAGAUUUAAAAUAUCUGUACUGGACUCUGUAGUGAACUUAUGGAUUUAUGCCAGUUAGUUUUCCAAAUACAUUUUAAAAAGGCUGUUUCUACUGUUUGUAAAGGAAACUUAAAGAUGACUCUUGGAAUAUAUAAAAUUCUCUUUAACAGAGAGUUAA